AUGUUUGACAAAACGUAAGUUUCUCAUGUGAUGCAACUAGCAAGAAGGGAGACAAAACAAGUGUUCAUAAUAAAACUUCUUCAACUUCCAUUCCGCUACAACUGUGACAAAGCAAUUAACUUUUUGUCCUGAAUACAAAGUGUUAAGUUUGGGGUAAAUCAAAUUUUUAUUUAACAGGGCAAGUCAGUUAAGAACAAAUUCUUAUUUACAAUGACAGCCUACCCCAGCCAAACUCUCCCCUAACCCGGAAGACGCUGGGACAAUUGUGCACCGCCCUACGGUACUCCCAAUCACGGCCAGAUGUGAUACAGCCCGGGAUCGAACCAGGGUCUGUAGUGCCACCUCUGGCACUGAGAUGCAGUGCCUUAGACCGCUGCGCAACUCAGGAGCCACAUUACUGAGUACCACUCUCCAUAUCCAGGUGGUGGCUGCGUCAUGUUAUGGGUAUGCUUGUAAUCGUUAAGGACUGGGGAGUUUUUCAGGAUAAAAAAGAAGCUGAGUACAGGCAAAAUCAUAGAGGAAAACCUGGUUCAGUCUGCUUUCCACCAGAUACUGGGAGAUUAAUUCAACUUUCAGCAGGUCAAUAACCUAAAACACAAGGCCAAAUCUACACUGCAGUUGCUUACCAAGAAGACAGUGAAUGUUCUUGAGUGGCCGAGUUACAGUUUUGACUUAAAUCUGCUUGAAAAUCUAUGGCAAGACCUGAAAAUGGUUGUCUUACAAUGAUCAACAACCAAUUUCACAGAGCUUGAAGAAUUUUGAAAAUAAUAAUGGGCAAAUGUUGCACAAUGUGGUGUGGAAAGCUCUUAGAGACUUACCCAGAAAGACUCACAGCUGUAAUCGCUAACAUGUAUUGACUCAAGGGGUUAAAUACUUAUCUAAUCAAGAUAUAUUAGCGUUUAAUUUGUAAUUUUUUACAAAUGUUAGAAUUAUUCUUCCGCUUUGACAUUACGGAAUAUUUUGUUUCGAUCGUUGACAAAAUUUGAAAAAGUAAAGGGGUGUGAAUACUUUCUGAAGGCACUGAACUCUUAAAUCUCUACCUGGCACAGCCAGAGGACUGGCCACCCCUCAGAGCCUAGUUCCUCUCUAGGUUUCUUCCUACGUUCCUGCCCUCUACAGAGUUUUUUCACUGUGCUUCUGCCUCUGCAUUGUUUGCUCUUUGGGGUUUUAGGCUGAGUAUCUGCUGAUGUAAAAAGGGCAUUAUAAAAAUGCAUUUGAUUGAUUGAUUCUGUGCCUAAUGUUACAUUGGCCCUCCAGAUUCUACAGUAUUGUCAAAUCAAAGACAACACUGGGGGCUACUGCAGGUUAUAUGCAAAACAAUUAAUUUAGGGCAAGGUGCAGUUGGUCAGUCUUUCAUGGAUGUGAACUGACAGAAUAAAGGAUGAGGGGAGGAAGGAGGAGGCACACGGGUGCUUUUACGGAACACUGCCCCUGUUCUGAGAGUGGAUAUAAUAGGCCUGCCUGGUGCCUUGUUUCCAUGGAGCCCAGCAACCAUCCAUUUCAGGGUUACAGACUAAGGGAGGCUGCAAACCCACACACUGAAGUAAAUGCUCAACUCACUGGAGUUGGAUUCUCACAAAAAUUCUCAAAACACAUUCGAGACCACAAUGUGAUUGCAGAAUCACCCAGCAGCGAAACAUCUAAUUCCUGCAGAAUAUUUAUUCUGCAGUUCUGCAUUCUCUCUGGAGAAGUAACCGUAAGAACUGUAAACAUCCAAGGAAUAAGGCAUGCAAAAUGGCAAGCAAGGCCAAAUGGCACUUGGAUUCCCAGCAGCCCCCCCCCCCCCCCCCCCCCCCCCCCCCCCCACCAGGACGCUCACUCUUAGUUCCCAGGAAGUCCUUUGUGAGAUGUGACACCUGAAGAAAAAAGGAGAGCUGCUUUAGAAAAGAGAAUAGCUGAUUAUUACAGUUUGCCAUUAAUAGCGCAUGGCACGAGAGCAGAAUGGCUUUAAUGUCUUAGGAAUUAAGAAGAAUUAAGAUUAUAGAAAGGUUAUGUAUUCCUUCUCAUUACAAUAUCUUUCAUGUCAAAAUUCAGGCUUUGUGUGUCAGUCUGGCUCUUCAGUAAAUUGUUGAGGAAUAUUGCAGUGAUUUUGCCUCUUCUCCAGCUGUGUGAGGGUCAUACUGGUUUUAAAUGGCCUUUAACCUUCUAUUAGCCCGUUGCUAGGAAACCAUGGACCUCCAGCUGAUUUACUACUAGCUGUCGUACAGCAUUAGGACUUAGCCUACACUAGAGUAAAUCCAUAUGCAUAUCACUGAACAUGUAAAGCUGAAAGGUUAAAGUUCUUACCAGGCUCUUUCUCACCAGCAGAGCAGGGAAAUAUGAUUGAUAGCUCAUCAUAUGAGAGCCCUAUGCAUCUACUGCUACUUCUUGAUAAAGAACACCACAGGCUUGGCUCCUCUCUCAGUUUUAUGUGUAAAUGUGUGUAUGCAUACGUGCAUGUGUGUGUGUGUGUUCUUUCUGUGUAGUGGACCAGGGUUCUGGUUGUCCCCGGUCUUUGUUUUAUCCCUAGAGGGAGGUGGAGACAGGAGGGUAGACUGGCACUGACUUGCUACUCUUUGACUCUCUAGUUCUGUGGUCCAGAUGAAAACCCUGCCACACACCACUCUCCUCUCUCUGGGCUCAGGGAAGCCUGAUGUCACAUGAGAGGGACUGGCUGGAAUGCCACAUGAGGGCCAUUGAGAAUGACUGAAGGAGCUCUGUGUUGCUGUUGCUUCUGCUGCUGUUGAUUCACAGACGAUUGCUCCACUCUGGAUGCUGUCUCUAUGGCUUCCUGUCCCACUGCUGUUGUCUCAGCCCUCUGUUAGCUCUCUGUUCCACUGAGGGAGCUGUAGAGGUGGACAAAGACCCACACAGAGGGACUGGAGUGUCACUGUGAGGUAAAUGUCCCUUCUCAGUCAGACAUCUCUCUGGUACAUGACUGACUGAAGGCUGGUUGAGGCCCAUCACAGGAAACAGACUGCUUGACUGAGUCUGUGGGGGCUUUGAGAGGGUUUUGUACAGAUGUAGUGCUCCCUUCUGCCUCCUUUAGUUAGAGCGUUGAUGGAGUACAGCAUAAAAGCUAUAUUGACUUAUCCCAUAGUUUAAAAGAGUGAUCACGCUAUUUAGUUACAUAACUCGAUAAAAAACUGCAUCGCCUGAGAGGAUGUUGCCGUGUGCAGCCAGCCAGUGAGCAGCACAGCCACAGACAGAGAAGACUGACAGCGAGGGGUGUGUGUGUAUGUGUGUGUGUGCAGCCACAUACACUGAGUUGACAGUGAGGGGUGUGUGCUGUUGCCUGCUAGCAUGCACGCCUAGCUGUGAGUGGCUGAGACAGGCAUUGAUCCGUUGGGGUUAUGCAACGGGGUGUCCGGAAUAUUGAACUUCAGGCACGGCAGUUGGCUGUCAAUAAUGUUGACAUUCGGCUACAACCUACCAGGGUGUCAUGGAAACAGGGCUGAGGCAGUUGAGGAAGACACAUCAGCAGGGAGCGAGAAGAUUCAGGUUUUCUUAGAGGCCAAGAAGGCAGACGAAGAGAGGAAGACAACAUUGUUACAGACUAAAAAGACCCAACAGGACCGUGUCAAAUUCUAGUCUGGGUACCUGACUGUUACUACUAACUUGCACUCAAUAGUGCUACUAUGCGUGUAACAGGAAGAAGCACUGAAUGCAUACAGUAGGGUAGAGAUGAUGCUGCGCUUUCCUGAAGGCUUGGCAUUGAUUAGCAGAAUACUGUUCGUAGCUAAACAAGAAACAGCUGACGCCUAGGCUGGUCAAAUCCAGGGGGAUUCAUCUUCAUUGACAAACAGUCUUAUGUUAGUCUGGCUGUUUGUGUCCCUCUUUCUCUCCCAUGGUUUAUUUAACACAUGUAACUGUAUCUCAGGUGUGGUGAGGUCAGCUAGGGAGAUAGCAGUGUUCUACCAUUAUAUUCCCUCAGUAACUGAGCCCAUCCCAGGGCCCUUCUCACCCAGACUCCAGCCACCACAUUCAAAGACUCCCUCCAAAGUAACCGAACACCUAGCAGCGAACUAGAGCUUUCUCUGGUUGUAACAAUGCGGUGUUUACCAGUAGCCAAAGAUUUACACAGUAAUGGGUUCUUAUCCCACAUCCACUCCCUUUAUUGAUGCACUUCUACUAAGCCCUUUAUGUGUUAUCUUAAAUUGAUUAGCCUCACUUGCAGGCCAGCCCACGAAGGGCUAAUGGGGAGAGGACCAAUAGCUCUGGUCCUCUCCGCCCUAUCUUCAUUUUUGUAGUAACGGCUUCUGUUGACAAUCCGACACAAUACUGCCAUCCAGAUAUAGCAUACCUAUCGUACUUGGUUGAUAGGGAUCCAGGAUGUGAUCUAUCUCAUGUGUUUUAUACGGGUCUAGGGUUUUAGUCCCUAUCGCUGUAGCACCAGUGUCUGUGAGGGAAUGGUAAGUGGGUCUCAUAUACAAUACAAUACAACUUUAUUCUCCAUCAAAACAGAAUGUUGUCUUUUUACUGACCUGCCUGGAAGCUAGCCCUGUUCCUCUACUCUCCUCUCUGCCAAGCGGAAGGUCUUCACUAGCAACAGGUUGCUUCCACUAAGCCACAGGUUCAGUCACAAGCCAAGCACACACACACACACACACACACACACACACACACACACACACACACACACACACACACACAAACAGAGCAGCGGAACUUGAGAAGCAAAACAACAUUGUAUUGAGCAACCUGAAAAGUUGUGGUCCAACAAGUGAAAUGCAGAUCCUUCCUGCAUAAAUUAAAGCUAAUCCCCUGUUAAAUUAUGUUAAUUUAUGCAAGGGGAUAACAGGGGGGGGCAGUGGAGUAGCAUGUUGUUGUGUGUUUCAGAGUGGAAGUAUCCAAGGGUGCACAUUGUGAGAACAGGCUCUCAGCCAAACCUCCACAAAAAUCUAAAUCAAAUCGAAUCUAAUUUUAUAGGUCAUGACUGAAAAGAUUUGGCAUGGGUCCUCAGAUCCUCAAAAAAGUAUACAGCUGCACCAUCGAGAGCAUCCUGACUGGUUGCAUCACCGCCUGGUAUGGCAACUGCUUGGCCUCCGACCGCAAGGCACUACAGAGGAUAGUGCGUACGGCCCAGUACAUCACUGGGGCCAAGCUUCCUGCCAUCCAGGACCUCUAUACCAGGCGGUGUCAGAGGAAGGCCCUCAAAAUUGUCAAAGACUCCAGCCACCCUAGUCAUAGACUGUUCUCUCUGCUACCGCACGGCAAGCGGUACCGGAGUGCCAAGUCUAGGUCCAAAAGACUUCUCAACAGCUUCUACCCCCAAGCCAUAAGACUCCUGAACAGCUAAUCAUGGCUACCCGGACUAUUUGCACUGCCCCCCCACCCCAUCCUUUUUACGCUGCUGCUACUCUGUUAAUUAUUUAUGCAUAGUCACUUUAACUCUACCCACAUGUACAUCUUACCUCAACUACCUCAACUAGCCGGUGCCCCCGCACAUUGACUCUGCAACGGUACCCCCCUGUAUAUAUAGCCUCCCUACUGUUAUUUUAUUUUACUUCUGCUCUUUUUUUUCUCAACACUUUUUUUGUUGUUGUUUUAUUUUUACUUUUUGUUAAAAAUAAAUGCACUGUUGGUUAAGGGCUGUAAGUAAGCAUUUCACUGUAAUGUCUGCACCUGUUGUAUUCGGCGCAUGUGACCAAUACAAUUUGAUUUGAUUUGAUUUGAUUUGAUGUACUUAUAUUUUGCCGCUGUUAUCGCAGGUGCAGCAAAAUGCUUAUGUUUCUAGCUCCAACAGUGCCAUAAUACCUAACAAUAUGAAACAAUACACACAAAUUAAGAAAUAUCAGAACGAGCAAUGUUGAGUCCGGAAUAUAAAUAUAUAGACAGUAUGGACAGUAUAUGAAUAGAAAAGGUGUGUACAGCAGUAGUUAUACAGUGCUGAGUUUGUAUGUUUGCCCACUGACAAAGACAUGAUCAGUCUAUAAUUUUAAUGGUAGGUUUAUUUGAACAGUGAGAGACAGAAUAACAACAAAAAAAUCCAGAAAAACGCAUGUCAAAAAUGUUAUAAUUUGAUUUGCAUUUUAAUGAGGGAAAUAAGUAUGUGACCCUUCUGCAAAACAUGACUUAGUACUUGGUGGCAAAACCCUUGUUGGCAAUCACAGAGGUCAGACGUUUCUUGUAGUUGGCCACCAGGUUUGCACACAUCUCAGGAGGGAUUUUGUUCCACUCCUCUUUGCAGAUCUUCUCCAAGUCAUUAAGGUUUCUAGGCUGACAUUUGGCAACUCGAACCUUCAGCUCCCUCCACAGAUUUUCUAUGGGAUUAAGGUCUGGAGACUGGCUAGGCCGCUCCAGGACCUUAAUGUGCUUCUUCUUGAGCCACUCCUUUGUUGCGUUGGCCGUGUGUUUUGGGUCAUUGUCAUGCUGGAAUACCCAUCCACGACCCAUUUUCAAUGCCCUGGCUGAGGGAAGGAGGUUCUCACCCAAGAUUUGACGGUACAUGGCCCCGUCCAUCGUCCCUUUGAUGCGGUGAAGUUGUCCUGUCCCCUUAGCAGAAAAACACCCCCAAAGCAUAAUGUUUCCACCUCCAUGUUUGACGGUGAGGAUGGUGUUCUUGGGGUCAUAGGCAGCAUUCCUCCUCCUCCAAACACGGCGAGUUGAGUUGAUGCCAAAGAGCUCCAUUUUGGUCUCAUCUGACCACAACACUUUCACCCAGUUCUCCUCUGAAUCAUUCAGAUGUUCAUUGGCAAACUUCAGACAGCCCUGUAUAUGUGCUUUCUUGAGCAGGGGGACCUUGCGGGCGCUGCAGGAUUUCAGUCCUUCACGGCGUAGUGUGUUACCAAUUGUUUUCUUGGUGACUAUGGUCCCAGCUGCCUUGAGAUCAUUGACAAGAUCCUCCCGUGUAGUUCUGGGCUGAUUCCUCACCGUUCUCAUGAUCAUUGCAACUCCACGAGGUGAGAUCUUGCAUGGACAGUUAUUGACAGUUAUUUUGUGUUUCUUCCAUUUGCCAAUAAUCGCACCAACUGUUGUCACCUUCUCACCAAGCAGCUUGGCGAUGGUCUUGUAGCCCAUUCCAGCCUUGUGUAGGUCUACAAUCUUGUCCCUGACAUCCUUGGAGAGCUCUUUGGUCUUGGCCAUGGUGGAGAGUUUGGAAUCUGAUUGAUUGAUUGCUUCUGUGGACAGGUGUAUUUUAUACAGGUAACAAGCUGAGAUUAGGAGCACUCCCUUUAAGAGUGUGCUCCUAAUCUCAGCUCGUUACCUGUAUAAAAGACACCUGGGAGCCAGUAAUCUUUCUGAUUGAGAGGGGGUCAAAUACUUAUUUCCCUCAUUAAAAUGCAAAUCAAUUUAUAACAUUUUUGACAUGCGUUUUUCUGGAUUUCUUUGAUGUUAUUCUGUCUCUCACUGUUCAAAUAAACCUACCAUUAAAAUUAUAGACUGAUCAUUUCUUUGUCAGUGGGCAAAUGUACAAAAUCAGCAGGGGAUCAAAUACUUUUUUCCCUCGCUGUAUAGGAUGAGCCUUGACUAGAAUACAGUAUAUACAUAUGAAGUGUGUAAAACAGGUAUGUAAACAUUAUUAAAAUGACCAGUGUUCAAUGACUAUGUACAGUUGAAGUCGGAAGUUUACAUACACUUAGGUUGGAAUCAUUAAACCAAUUCAAUUCAACCACUCCACAAAUGUCUUGUUAACAAACUAUAGUUUUGGCAAGUUGGUUAGGAUAUCUACUUUGUGCAUGACACAAGUAAUUUUUCCAACAAUUGUUUACAGACAGAUUAUUUUACUUAUAAUUCACUGUAUCACAAUUCCAGUGGGUCAGAAGUUUACAUACACUAAGUUGACGGUGCCUUUAAACAGCUUCGAAAAUUCCAGAAAAUGAUGUCAUGGCUUUAGAAGCUUCUGAUAGGCUAAUUGACAUAAUUUGAGUCAAUUGGAGGUGCACCUGUGGAUGCAUUUCAAGGCCUACCUUCAAACUCAGUGCCUCUUUGCUUGACAUCAUGGGAAAAUGAAAACAAAUCAGCCAAGACCUCAGAAAAAUUAUUGUAGACCUCCACAAGUCUGGUUCAUCCUUGGGAGCAAUUUCCAAAUGCCUGAAGGUACCACGUUCAUCUGUACAAACAAUAGUACGCAAGUAUAAACACCAUGGGACCAUGCAGCCGUCAUACCGCUCAGGAAGGAGACGCGUUCUGUCUCCUAAAGAUGCUGGUGGAAACAGGUACAGAAGUAUCUAUAUCACAGUAAAAUGAGUCCUAUAUCGGCAUAACCUGAAAGGCCGCUCAGCAAGGAAGAAGCCACUGCUCUAAAACCGCCAUAAAAAAUCCAGACUACGGUUUGCAACUGCACAUAGGCAUAACUGCACAUAUCGUACUUUUUGGAGAAAUGUCCUCUGGUCUAAUGAAACAAAAAUAGAACUGUUUGGCCAUAAUGACCAUCGUUAUGUUUGGAGGAAAAAGGGGAAGGCUUGCAAGCCGAAGAACACCAUCCCAACCGUGAAGCACGGGGGUGGCAGCAUCAUGCUGUGGGGGUGCUUUGCUGCAGGAGGGACUGGUGCACUUCACAAAAUAGAUGGCAUCAUGAGGAAGGAAAAUGAUGUGGAUAUAUUGAAGUAACAUCUCAAGACAUCAGUCAGGAAGUUAAAGCUUGGUUGCAAAUGGGUCUUCCAAAUGGACAAUGACCCCAAGAAUACUUCCAAAGUUGUGGCAAAAUGGCUUAAGAACAACAAAGUCAAUGUAUUGGAGUGGCCAUCACAAAGCCCUGACCUCAAUCCUAUAGAAAAUUUGUGGGCAGAACUGAAAAAGCGUGUGCGAGCAAGGUGGACUACAAACCUGACUCAGUUACACCAGCUCUGUCAGGAGGAAUGGGCCAAAAUUCACCCAACUUAUUGUGGAAGGCUACCCGAAACGUUUGACCCAAGUUUUUAAAGGCAAUGCUACCAAAUACUAAUUUAGUGUAUGUAAACUUCUGACCCUCUGGGAAUGUGAUGAAAGAAAUAAAAGCUGAAAUAAAUAUUUCUCUCUACUAUUAUUCUGACAUUUCACAUUCGUAAAAUAAAGUGGUGAUCCUAACUGACCUAAGACAGGGAAUGUUUACUAGGAUUAAAUGUCAGGAAUUGUGAAAAACUGAGUUUAAAUGUAUUUGGUUAAGGUGUAUGUAAACUUCCGACUUCAACUGUAUAUAGGACAGCAGUCUCUAGGGUGCAUUUUACAUUUUUGGUCAUUUAGCGGACGCUCUUAUCCAGAGCGACUUACAGUUAGUGAGUGCAUACAUAUUUUUAUUUUUUCACACUGGCCCUCCGUGGGAAUCGAACCCACAACCCUGGCGUCGCAAACACCAUGCUCUACCAACUGAGCUACAUCCCUGCCGGCCAUUCCCUCCCCUACCCUGGACGACGCUGGGCCAAUUGUGCGCCGCCCCAUGGGUCUCCCGGUCGCAGCCGGCUACGACAGAGCCUGGAUUCGAACCAGGAUCUCUUAGACCACCGCGCCACUCGAGAGACAAGAGUAGAGUACCAGGUAGUAGCCAGCUAGUAACAGUGACUAAGGUUCAGGGCAGGGUACUGGGCGGAAGCCGGCUAGUGGUGACUGUAUAACAGUCUGAUGGCCUGGAGAUAAAAGCAGUUUUUCAGUCUCUCGGUCCCAGCUUUGAUGCACCUGUACUGUCUCGAUGGUGAACAGGCCGUGGCUUGGGUGGCUGAGGUCCUUGAUGAUCUUCUUGGCCUUCCUGUGUCACUGGGUGCUGUAGAUAUCAUGCAGUGCAGGCAGUGUGCCCCCAGUGAUGCGUUGGGCUGACCGCACCACCCUCUAGAGAGCCCUGCGGUUGCGGACAGUGCAAUUGCCGCUGAUGCGCCUUCUUCACCACACUGUCUGUGUAAAUGGACCAUUUCAGGUUGUCAGUGAUGUGCACGCCGAGGAACAUUAAGCUUUUCACCCUCUCCACUGUGGCGCUGUUGCGCCUUCUUAAACCCUCUCCACUGCGGCCUCCUUCAUGUUGUUGAUGUUGAGGGAGAGGUUAUUUUCCUGGCACCACUCCGCCAGGGCCCUCACCUCCUCCCUGUAGGCCAGGGAUCAUCAACUAGAUUUAACCGCAAGCCUAUUUUUUCUUGAGCGGAUGGUUGGGGGGACCGAACAUAAUUACAAACAUUUUGUAGACUGAAAAUUGACCACAAGAAGCCCAAACAGAUAUAUUGUAAUCAUUUCAAACCUUGCUUACAUUUGUAUACCAUCACGUGUCUCUCUAUUAUGCGUGGGAAUACUUGGAAACAUGUUUCUUAAAUUAAAAUCACUUGGAGCUGAUUUCCUGGUGUUUUUACAGUCUAUUCAAAAAAAAAAAAAAGUUUGCUCACAAAACUUGGGGGGGGGGGAAUAAAACCACCCGCGGACCAAAUUCGGCCGCCAGUUGGGGAACCCUGCUGUAGACUGUCUCCUCAUUGUUGGUAAUCAGGCCUACCACUGUUGUGUUGUCAGCAAACUUGAUGAUUGUGUUGGAGACGUUUGUGGCCACACAGUCAUGGGUGAACAGAGUGUACAGGAGGGGGCUGACCACCCACCCUUGUUGGGCCCCCCGUGUUGAGAAUCAGCAUGGUGGAAGUCUUGUUGCCUACAUUCACCACCUGGGGUCGGCCCGUCAGGAAGUCCAGGACCCAGUUGCACAGGGCGGGGUUAGGACCCAGGGCCCCGAGCUUAGUGAUGACCUUGGAGGGCACUAAUGGUGUUGAAGGCUGAGCUGUAGUCGAUUAACAGUAUUCUUACAUAGGUAUUCCUCUUGUCCAGAUGGGAUAGGACAGUGUGCAGUGUGAGGAGGCAGUACGCAAAUUGUAGUGGGUCUAGGGUGUCGGGUAAGGUGGAGGUGAUAUGAUCCUUAACUAGCCACUCAAAGCACUUCAUGAUGACAGAAGUGAGUGCUACGGGGCAAUAGUCAUUUAGUUAAGUUACCUUUGCUUUCUUGGGUCCAGGAACAAUGGUGAACAUCUUGAAGCAAGUGGGAACAACAGACUGGGAUAGAGAGAGAUUGAAUAUAUCCGUAAACACUCCAGCCAGCUGGUCUGUACAUGCUCUGAGGACGCGGCUUGGGAUGCCGUCUGGACCGGAAGCCUUGCGAGGGUUAACAUGCUUAAAUGUCUUACUCACGUCGGCCAAGGAGAAUGUGAGCCUUCUUUGUGACUAUAAGAUCCUGUUGCCCAGCACCAUAUAAUAAGAACAACAGUCCUAGAGGUCUCAUAUGGGGCCAAACCAACAUCCAACUCCCAGCUUCCUACUCUGCAUAGGAGAAAGAGAAUGAGACUUGAGAUCUGGAUUGCUAUAGGAAUAUUGAAGUGUUUCAUUCAGAUGAAUAGUAGCACAGUCGUAGGCCCUUAUUAUUGGUAAAUGAUGGAAGGGCCCUACUGAUCUCCCAGCUGUUAUAGUAGGCCCCUAGACAAUAUCCUGUCUUUACUUCUCCAUCAUGCAAUUAUACUGAUUGGCUCUAUUUUCAUUUAGAUCACAACUUAGUGUAGUUGCAUUAGGCACUAAAUUGGCAAUUUGUCAUUGUUAGCCUUCUGAAUAUGCACGUUUCGCUUUUAUCACUGGCCAGUCAGUAGCCCUUUCAUAUCACCAUUCAGAGAGUAUGUUCAACAAUCUGUUUUUUUUCCCUCCCGCUGCGCCUGUGUGAGUAGUGGGCGGCGCGCAUACCCAAUCCCAUACCCAGCCAGUGUUGUACGUGAGAGAGUGGAGCCACUCCGUUUCCUCCAAGCAGAGAUCGAAAGACAGGGAGGUAAGAGAGGCAGGAGCACCGGAGCGCCGACAUCGUCGGUAUGAAGCGAGCGUAGCAUCUUAGCGCCCGCGCCAGAAUUUCAGAUUUUUUUGCAACAAUUAUUGUUUUUUCUUUUAAAAUUCAGUUUUGGUGCUGAAUCGGAGACUAUGGAAGUGACUGUAUCCAGAGUGCUGAUUUCCAUUGCGCAGCUCCUGGUUUUCUGCCAUAUAGGUAAGGAAGAAGAAUAUUGAUAGAUUUUGAUAAGUGCAAUGAUUUAUGUGUGAUACGCAUUAUCAGCGGUUUUUACUGGAGUGUGCACAGCGCAUGUCUGUAACUGGCUACUGUAGACUCUAUAUUUGAUGUUAUAGUGCAUUCACUCAACGAUGCCAUAUUUGACACUGGCAAACAAAUAAAGACAGGGACCAUGGUGAAUUUAAAAGGUACAUGCCAAAUGCCACUCCACCUGACAGGUCUCAGGUCUGUGUAUUUGGAUAAAUUACACUGUUGAUUCUAAGGUAUAUGAUUUUUUAUCAUGAAGAGACUUUUCACAUUUGGAGAACUUCUUCAUUUUGAUAGAAGCAUUUCACUUGAUAUUUCAAGCGGAUUUAUUUGUAGGCUGUUAACAGUGUUUCUGAUUUGGACAUGCCAUUGAGAGAGCCUUUAACUUGAUGUUGAAAGCCUAAGUAUUGAUCCUUUAUAAGGUUGUCUUGUCUUUCUGCUGUUUCCCUGGUGAAGCCAUUGAAACAUGACAUGAACACUGACAAUAGGGUUGGUUUCAUGGAUGUUUUUCUGGUCAAAGAAUAGAUGGAAAAGAAAGAGCAAGUGCUUUUGAGAGAUUUGAGAUCUGCCAUCUGCAUUUUCCGUUUCUUCUAAUCCCUUGGCUGAGUUGUUAUCUGUGAUCUAAAAGAAGCAUCUAAGAGAUGAACAGUUUUUCUGGGAGGUUUUAUGGGAAUUGGGAAUUAUUGGGAAAAUUCUUUGGAGGGAAAUGAAGGAGGGCGCACAUCUCUAAGCCAUCUGUUCCUCAAUAUGCCAGGCCACCAUACAGAAGUAGGCUACCCACGCUCACACACACACACACACACACACACACACACACACACACACACACACACACACACACACACACACACACACACACACACACACACACACACACACACACACACACACACACACACAUACACACACUGCAUACGGCACUCAUACUGUGUCUCGCAAAUAGACACAUCCAUCUGCAUGCAAUAUUAUCACCAAUUUGACUGUUUGGAUACAAUCAACACAUUCCCACCAUGCCAUAUGUUGUUUUUUUUAACUGUAGACUACAUUAUGGUAAUUAGCCUAGAUAUGAACAGUGCAGAACAGUACAUUAGGAACUCAUUGUAAAGUAACUUCAGCUGUGGUGUGUGCCAGUGCCUGAAUACGGUUAGGAUCAAGUUUUGGGCACGGUUAGUGGGCAUGGCUAGGGUUAGGGUCAUGUUUUCAGGGUUCAGUUUUCAAUUCAGUUGGCCCUCCUGUAGCUCAGUUGGUAGAGCAUGGCGCUUGCAACGCCAGGGUUGUGGGUUCGAUUCCCACGGGGGGCCAGUAUGAAAAAUGUAUGCACUCACUAACUGUAUGUCGCUCUGGAUAAGAGCGUCUGCUAAAUGACUAAAAUGUAAAUGUUCAGAAAGUGGAAAAAUCCUCAUAGGAAACAAUGGACGAUUGACUGAAUUGAAAACAGAUCUGACUCCAACCCUAAAUGAGCUGGUUGUAACACCAUCGAUGGGCAGGGCAAGAGUGUUGUUCCACCUCAAAAAGCACAAGAAAGAGAAUUUUAACAACCACCAUGUCAGAUUGUUCUGAAAUUGUUUCUGUAGUUAGAAACAGAUAAGAUUAGCAUUCCUGCUACAUUAUUUUGUUGAAAUAUAAUUUGAUCUCUGAGAAAUUAAGCUAAUUGAUUGCAUACAAAUUGGCCAUUUAAAUGUAUAGGAUUCAUAUAAUAUUCAAUAAAUAUAGUACCUAACAUCUGAUUUGGACCCAACUUUUUUCGAACAAUGAGUUAGACAUGAGUAAUCCAAAGAACUUGUCAAAAGCUACCCACAGACCACUCACACCCCACGCCAAUCACACCCCAACAACGAAUAUAUACUAUCAGUUCUCUAUGUCUGACAAGUAGUAUGGAGCUGCGGCUCAGAGAAUUGUUUCUUCAUCCUAUUUAAUGUAUUCCCAGUGAAUUUGGUGAUGUUUUUUUUCCACCUGUUUAGAAAAAUUAGUCAUCGAAUUUGUUAGGUUUAUGUCCCAUCCUACAUCCUGGUAUUACCAUGUUCUGACCACUAGAUGGUGCUGUUCCUGCUUUUAGGCGAUUUUGUUAUUUUCAGAUUACAAAAUGACAAUUACAAAAUUACAUAUUGGUUUCCUUACCCUGUAAGCAGUCUAUUGAGAAGGUACAGUAUGACAGCAACCAUGCUUUGGUUUUGUUGUCCACUGUUUCAAAUGCUGAAUUUGUAGCAUUUGUGGCACAAAUUCAAUGGAAGUCAAUGGUAUCUAUAUUAGCAAAUCAUGCUAAAGUAACUAAAAAUGUAUUUUGUAGCUCAACGAUGUUACUUCUAGAUGAUUUGGAUAUGAAGCGCGAAAAUGCUAAUAUAGAUACCAUUGACUUGCAUUGGAUUUGUGCCACAAAUGCUAAAAAGUUUGCAUUUGAAACAUCACCAUCUAGUGGUCAGAACCUGGUAAUAUCAGGAUGUAUGAUGAGACAUAAACCUAACAACUUCAAUGACUAAUUUCUCUGAACAGGAAAAAAAAUAAACAUCACCAAAUUCACUGAGAAUACAUUACAUAGGAUGAAGAAACAGUACUCCGAGCCGCAUACAACUUGUCACACAUAGAGAACGGAUACUGUAUAUUUGUUGGAGUGGGAUUGGCAUGGGGAGUGGGGGGUCUGUGGGUGGCUUUUGACAAUUUCUUUGAAUGUCUCAUGUCUUACUCAAUGUUUGAAAAAGGUUUGGUCUAAAUCGAAUAUUAGGUACUAUAUGUAUUGAAUAUUAUAUGAAUCCUAUAAAUGAAAAUGGCCAAUUUGGGUGCACUCAAUUAGCUUAAUUUCUCAGAGAUCAAAUAAUAUUUCAACAAAAUAAUGUUGAAGGAAUGCUAAUCUUUUCUGUUCCUAACUACAGAAACGAUAUCAGAACAAUCUGACAUGGUGGGUGUCAUGGCUUGCUGAAAUUACAUGAAAUGACCCUAGAGUGUUAUUGAAUGAAUGUGAAGAUUUGAUCUUCCACACUGUUCUCUCCAUGGGUGUGAUUGAGAUGUAUGAAGUAACAGCACGCGAUCAUGCACUCUUAGAAAAAAAGGUGCUAUCUAGAACCUACAAGGGUUAUCUGGCUGUCCCCAUAGGAGAACCCUUUGAAGAACCCUUUUUGGUUCCAGGUAGAACCCUUUUGGUUCCAAGUAGAACCCUUUCCACAGAGGGUUCUACAUGGAACCCAAAAGGUUUCUACCUGCAACCAAAAAUACUUCUACCUAGAACCAAAAAUAGUUUUCCUAUAGGGCUGGGAAUUGCCAGGGACCUCACAAUACGAUAUUAUCACGAUACUUACGGGCCGAUACGAUAUGUAUCACGAUAUAUCACAAUUCUAUAUGUAUUGCGAUUUGAUACGGUGAUUUUAUUGCUAUUCAAUGUUCCAAACAUAUUGCUACAGAGGGGCAAGAGAGACCCAUAAUAAAAAUGAGUUUUGAUCAGUUAUGGAUAUAAAAGAGAUGAAAACAUGUUGGCUCACCAUUUAAAAAGAAGAUUGAGGCCAAGCUAUAGAAGAAGAAAUACCGACGUUUUGGUGCUGGUACAGCCUGCUAGCGCUAGCUAAUGUUAACUACCUAGCAACAAAAUAAAUCGAUAAGUCAUAGAAUCAGUAUAAUAUAGUCAAAAAUAAUAUCACGAUACUCUACUGUAUAAAGUUUUUCCCCCUAUCCCCAUUCUCCUAUGGGAACAGCUGAAGAACCCUUUUGGAAUAUAAUAGAAUACAAUAGAAUACAAUCGAGUAUCUCUUGGCACACAUUAACAGAUGGUUCAUGCUCUCUUUUAUGAGCUGUAGCAGCAGCAGCCUGUGUGAGACUGUAAGAGUUGAAGUGUAACUACCCUAUGUGGAUGUGGUGAUGGUGGGUGAGCCUGGGUGAGCCUGCUGAGUACUUUUAUGGGAUCCAGCAUCAUUCAUUAGGGUAGAUUACUCUGCUCUAACCCCACGGUGUAUAGUUAAUUGGUAUUUGGCAGCAUGUCCACUGCAGUUUCCUUUGAACCUUGACAGAACGUACAUGAAAUAAAGCAAACAAAGCCCUAGACCAGAGCACUAGAUAAUGAAACAUAAUGAAAGUCCAAGCCUAUACACAAUACAAGCCUAACACAGGAACAAGAUCCCACAACUAAGGUAGGCAAACAGGCUACUUAUGUAUGAUCCCCAAUCAGAGACAACGAGUGACAGCUGUCUCUGAUUGGGAAUCACACCCCGCCAAACAUAGAAAUACAAUACCUAGAUCAGAAACAGAAUUUCCAGCAUAGAUUCUCACGCCCUGACAAACCAACUAAAAACAACCGGCCUCUCAAGGCCAGGGCGUGACACAGACGCAAAUGUGUCUGGGUCAAACCAGUAACCAAUUCAACUGCAACCUGGGUUAGGAUCAAUUACAUUCAAUCAUGCUUAUGAAUAAUUACUGCUUAUAAAAACUUUAUUAACUGUGUAAAUGAUGCCAUUUAUAAUCUGAGCAAUUUGCCUUAGUAAAGCAACGUGACCUCUUUAGAACCUGUGAUAGAAGCAGAUGAUAUACCUGAGCAUAGAACGCAAAAGUCUUCAAUGAAAGGUGCCAAUUUAGAAACCCAAAGAACAACCUUUAUACAGACUCUGUUUUUAUAGCUCUAAUAAAUUCAUUUUCCUUAUCAAAGCAACAUCACAUAAAGAGACCUGUGAUCCAAGCAGAUGAUGCAAACAGAGAAGCUAUCUAUUAGCCAUCAGGUUUGACUGAUUUACCCCUGGGUGCUUAUGAUGAUCCUGUGAUCUACAAUAUCUGGUCAUUAGUCCCACAUGUAGUUAUGUCAUCCUAAUGCUACUUAAUGAGGAGAGAGAGAGAGUCCCCUCUCCCUCUGGACAAUCAAAUUAUCGAUGUCUCUAACGUUUGUCUCUCUCCAUCAAAUUAGAAAUGUUUGCUAUUUCGGUCAUUGCUUUUAAAUGUUAAAUGAGUUUAGACUAGAGUUACAUGUCAAAGGAUCACGGAUAUGGUUUGCCUCCUCUUCUUAUUUUUAUGUCUGCAGUUUGGAUUAGAGGAGAGAGACAGAUUAAUGUAUGUCUGGUUUAUCUGCUGUUAGUAGCUAUCUGUUUAGCCUUGUGUAUCUGUCUCCAGAGACGGGAGUCUGAGUGGGUGUGUGGGUGUUCAUGGCAACAAACAUAGAGGCAGGAUCUCACUUCUCGUACCAUGUUUCUGUAAGCAGGCCUUUCUUCUGUGAAAGAAUACAUUGAGGACAUUACAUCCCCAAGUGUUCAUGCUGAGUCUCUCGUCUCUCUUCAUGUUCACUCUCUCUUCUGCUUUUUUGUCAUUAUGAUUCACCGGUACAGGGUGUUUUAUCAGACUAUGAAUCUAAUAGAUGAUGUCAAAAUCACUAAGGUUACACAUCCGAAAGACAGAAAUCUGUAACAGUAGCGAUGGUAACAUGUAAUAUGGUAAAUUACUAGAACAAAAUUAUCUGAGGGAACUGCUUGCUCCCCAGACAGCGUGAUUAUGUUCAGUCUAAUGUAUGGAUGGGAAUUAGAGUUAGCUACGCAGUACAUACUAGGCACACAUAUCUCAAGUUAAGAUCCAGCCCUGUAAGAAGAACAGAAGAUUUAGAGCUGAUUUGGAACAUAUGAUCACAUCAUUGGCAUCUCAUCUGUCUCCCCUCCAUGUCUCUCUCAAACACAGACGCAUGGACGCCCAUAUGCACACACACAAACGCACACACAGAAACCCACACACACCACUGUUGAGAGCUGGUCUGUGUAGUGUUCCAUAGCGCUCCAUGUGUAAGAUGAGAUUAGAACUGUAGAACCGGAUGGACCUUUACACUGCAGCUCAGAACAGAGCCGCUCUGUACCUCUGUCCCAGCACAACUAAGUCUUCAUGGAAGUAUAAAUCUUGUUAAAAAGAUUUUCUAAAGCCUUCUUAUGCAUCUCUCUUUGGGUGUCUAAAAAAACUAUCAUUGGCUUUAUAGCUUAUCUUACCAUGAAGAGAAGUUAGACUGUUAUUUGGAUAUAAGCGCUCAUUUUGAUUACAACUUCUUUUGAUGUAUCUGAAACAGCAUUAUUAUAGAAUUAUUAAUAAUGGCUAUGCUUUAUUUAAACCCUUUAUUUUCGAUAUUUUCAGUAAAUGUAUUUUAUCAGCAUGACAUUCCUAGUCAACUGUAAUGUAAUUUAUUCAUAAGCAUACUUAGCCUAUACCACUAAUCCACUUAUUGACUCUCUAAGGAAUGUAGUCACAGUUAUUAGAGCUAGCUCCGUCCCAGUCAUGACUUUGAUUGCAGGAUACUUGGUCUUACUGCAAGUUGAAGUUCCCUACACAGCAAAUUCUCCAGUGUUAAAUCAACACUGACUGUGUUAAAUUUAACACUGGGCCAGUGUCUAUACAGGUCCACACUUUUAAGUGUUAAGUUAACACUGUGCUUAGUGCUGACGCUGUUACAGUGAGGGAAAAAAGUAUUUGAUCCCCUGCUGAUUUUGUACGUUUGCCCACUGACAAAGAAAUGAUCAGUCUAUAAUUUUAAUGGUAGGUUUAUUUGAACAGUGAGAGACAGAAUAACAACAAAAAAAUCCAGAAAAACGCAUGUCAAAAAUGUUAUAAAUUGAUUUGCAUUUUAAUGAGGGAAAUAAGUAUUUGACCCCUCUGCAAAACAUUACUUAGUACUUGGUGGCAAAACACUUGUUGGCAAUCACAGAGGUCAGACGUUUCUUGUAGUUGGCCACCAGGUUUGCACACAUCUCAGGAGGGAUUUGUCCCACUCCUCUUUGCAGAUAUUCUCCAAGUCAUUAAGGUUUCGAGGCUGACGUUUGGCAACUGAAACCUUCAGCUCCCUCCACAGAUUUUCUAUGGGAUUAAGGUCUGGAGACUGGCUAGGCCACUCCAGGACCUUAAUGUGCUUCUUCUUGAGCCACUCCUUUGUUGCCUUGGCCGUGUGUUUUGGGUCAUUGUCAUGCUGGAAUACCCAUCCACGACCCAUUUUCAAUGCCCUGGCUGAGGGAAGGAGGUUCUCACCCAAGAUUUGAUGGUACAUGGCCCCGUCCAUCGUCCCUUUGAUGCAGUGAAGUUGUCCUGUCCCCUUAGCAGAAAAACACCCCCAAAGCAUAAUGUUUCCACCUCCAUGUUUGACGGUGGGGAUGGUGUUCUUCGGGUCAUAGGCAGCAUUCCUCCUCCUCCAAACACGGCGAGUUGAGUUGAUGCCAAAGAGCUCCAUUUUGGUCUCAUCUGACCACAACACUUUCAUCCAGUUCUACUCUGAAUCAUUCAGAUGUUCAUUGGCAAACUUCAGACGGGCCUGUAUAUGUGCUUGGCGAUGGUCUUGUAGCCCAUUCCAGCCUUGUGUAGGUCUACAAUCUUGUCCCUGACAUCCUUGGAGAGCUCUUUGGUCUUGGCCAUAGUGGAGAGUUUGGAAUCUGAUUGAUUGAUUGCUUCUGUGGACAGGUGUCUUUUAUACAGGUAACAAGCUGAGAUUAGGAGCACUCCCUUUAAGAGUGUGCUCCUAAUCUCAGCUCGUUACCUGUAUAAAAGACACCUGGGAGCCAGAAAUCUUUCUGAUUGAGAGGGGGUCAAAUACUUAUUUCCCUCAUUAAAAUGCAAAUCAAUUUAUAACAUUUUUGACAUGCGUUUUUCUGGAUUUUGUGAUUGUUAUUCUGUCUCUCACUGUUCAAAUAAACCUACCAUUAAAAUUAUAGACUGAUCAUUUCUUUGUCAGUGGGCAAAUGUACAACAAGACAUAAAAAAGAUCAGGAAACGUAAUAUAAAAAAAAAACACUACCUAAACCAUUUAAACCAGUACAACCAUUUCCGUAACGUGUGCAAUAAAUCUAACUAACUGAUUGGAUUAGUUUAGAAAAAUGUAAGAUAUUUAUCUUUGUUUAACAUAAGAUUAAUCAAUCAAUAAAUGUACAUGCAAAAACACAAAUAUUAAAACAAUCCCCAAAAAAUCUACCUGCAGUAGAGCAUGCUGGGAAAUAUGGUAAUGGUGGGUGUGGUUUUAAUGGGACUGUUUUACUCACCACCUGUAGUGUAAAACAAUAACUCUGGUUAUUAACACCAACACUUGGGGUUAAGUUACACCACUGAGUGUUAAUUACACUCUUACAGAGUGAAUGUAACUCCUGAAUCAACAAUAGAAAUGUUACACUGGAAAAUCAACACUGGACAAUUUGCUCUGUGGCAUCCUCCCAGACAGGGCACUGGCUGGCUAAAGAGAGCUACAGCGGACGGUUCCCAAGUCGUGCUCUGUCUUAGAACAUCCUAAAUCCCCCUCAUCCGCAGUGUAAAUGUUUAGAAAGCAGUGACAGCGGAGAGGGAGAGGGAGGAAGAGGAGGGCAGUGAAACCAAAAGGCCAGAGAGAGAGAGAUAUUCUAUUUUCUCUUGACUUCAGGAAGUUGGUUUGGAGUUAUACCGUCAGCCUGACAAGAGCAAGGCUUGUCUGUGGCUGGGCAGUCUGUCACAAAGGACAGUGUUGUUUAAAGGAGAGGGACUUUAAUAAGAGGCGGUGGGAGAUGGUGGGUCUGGGGGAAUGAGAUGACUGAGGCUGGGGGGGAACCCAGGGAAAGCCGGUGGGAGAGGGGCUGCAGUCUGCAGUGAAAGAUGGAGGGGAACCUCAAGUGAAAGGUGGUUGGGGGGGGGGGGCAGUGAAAGAUGGGGGAGUGUGUGUCCAUGGCGAUGGGAGAGGCAGCAGAGGAUGUCAGUGUGGAAAUCAGGGUGGCCAAACGCCACAAGACAUUUUACGGUUGUCAAGGAGUUCAGUGCUGAUGCUCCCUGCAUGCUGAUGGAACUGAAGACCUGUGAUGCAUCUCAAUACUGUCUGUCACUUCCUCUUCUUGUCUCUUUUCCUCCAAGAAGCCACAUUAGACUAUUGAGAUGCUUACAUAGCUCAGUGCUGUGAUGCUGAGCAGGUGGACACAGUGCAUUGCACUGCACUCAGUGGGAGAACCGACUGGUUCUAGCACACACGCGCGCACACACACACACACACGAACACACACACACCAUCCCCACUAACUCACAUGGACACAAUCCUACAUACCCAAGUAGACAAAUAAACACACUACCAGUGUACACACAGUCAUGACUUCAAAGUGGGACUGAGCAUUUAUGUCAUCAUCAACCACACAACCCCAGUGGGGCUGACUACAGUAAGUGCAGUGACUGUACCUGGCUCUAAAAUACUGCCUCUGUGUUAUGAAGCUCUCUGUUCCUCUGUUUUCUCCAGCUCUCUGUGUUCUCUCCCCUCCCUGGGGUGUCUCUCUCUGUGCCUGAUUUAUUUAUGAGUUCUUCUUGGGAUGCGGCCCAUUUUCAGACGGGAAGAGCUCGGAGGAAGGAGCUGAAACUUUACGUUUAUUAUUUUAGGUCAUCCCUCACCAGGGAACUCCCUGGCUAGCGGCUCACAUUAAUAACAGGCUUUUUCAUGGGUUGUUUGUUCACAAAUACUGUAUUUCAUGGAGAGUUUUGUGGAGGAGACAAGUAAACCCUCUCCAUCGGCAUCAAACUUAAUCUCAUUAAACAGAAUUUGGAGAAAAGCUACCGUGACACAGCCCUCAGAGUGCAGGACCAUAGGAGAGAUUGAUGGGCAAUUCUUGAGUGCGAUGCACAGCACACACUCAUCUCGGUCAAUGGAUGCAGCAGAAAUAGGGGAGGAGUAGUCACAGAGGCACAGAAUCUGUCACAGAAAUGGAGUGUCACAGACAAACUCCCAUGAUGCAUGAGCAGACCUUCCACAGGCCUAUUGCUGAGAACAGAACAGCUCUGUCCAGUGUCUUAAACUCAGAGCCAUUUUAGCGCCUAUGGCUCUAGUUAAAAACCCAGUUGUUCUCAACAGAAGGUGAAGUUAAACCACACAGCAAAUUCUCCAGUGUUAAAUCAACCCCAUAGAGUGUUACAUUUAACACUGGUCCAGUGUCUAUAUGGGGUCCACACUUUUCGGUGUUAAAUUAACACACUGCUUAGUGUAAAGCCUUGGUUUUGGUUGAGACAUGGUUGUUGCUUUCCUCCAUGUUCAGUCGUCCAAGUGAGACCCUCAGCAAAUAUGUUAUCAUUAAAUUCUUUAACACACUACAACACAUACUUGUUUUCGAAAGCACAUCAGGCCUGCAAAUUACAUUAUGCUUGCUUGUAAAGUGAUGUGUAAUUCCUAUUGGAAUCCAGCCAGAGUGGGGAUAUCCAACAUUUAGAAUUUUUAUUCACCCACAACCUGCAUUCAGAAUGACUGCCGGGUUGGGAAGACUAAGAUACGAGACUACAUAAAACCAUUUCAGUAACAGGUGCAAUAAGUCCGCUUAACAGACUGGAUUAGUUUAGAAAAAUGUAUGUUAUUUAUAUUUGAGUAGCAUAAGAUUAAUUAGUCAAUGAAUUUACAUACAAAAACAUAGAUAUUGAAACAAACUAUUCUAAAAACCAACCUGCAAUACAGCAUGCAGGGAAAUAUGAUAAUGAUGGGUGUAGUUUUGGUUUAACACUGGUUAUUUGCACCAACACUGGGGGUAUUUUUCAACACUAGAAAUGUUACACUGAAAAAUCAACACUAGGUAACACUGGACGAACUUGAUGGCCCAUGAACAAAUUUCCCUCUUGGGGACAAUGAAGACAUUUCAAUAUAAAAAAAAAAGAAUUGUCCCCUAGAGUGAUAUUUGUUCCACUGCCGUUUCACUGUCCAGUUGUUCUGGACAGUUGUUCCAACUCCCAGCUGUUCCCCUAUAUUACCACCUCUAGAAGUAGGCCCUGAGGCCUCUAGGCCUCACGUUCCCACGGUUACCACAUGUCACAUGUCCUCUGACCUCACUGCAAUAGCUGGGCCAUGACACAUUCCCAUAGGCUCUCUCUAAGACCGACACAUCAUCAUGAUAUGGAUGUAUGUUGUUAUAUAUACCGCUAAGUACCCUUACAACAAUGCAGUGUUUGACAGUGCUCAGACGCAGUAUCCGCUGUUUAAUUUGGGCCUAACCCUCUUCAAUCUUCCCCCUGUAUGACUCCAGUGAAAGACCUGCAAGUAAAACCUGUCGGCGAUAACACAUGCCACUAAUUCACUAAUUCACACAUGGCUGUCAGUCACAGCCGCUGUGACAUGAACAGGUCAUGGGGAGUGGUAGGGAGGUAUGUAUAUCUCACUUAAUGUCCAACAGGUGCUCUCUAGAAUGUUCUCAGUGUGUACUGAUCAAAGGAAAGAAUAAGGAUGACUAUUGGCAUUUGGCAUCGUGGAUGCACUUCUGCUCUACUAAAGCUCUUGAAGUCUCUCACUGCACAGACUCAGAGAUGUUGCCAGUCUUUCUGUCUCAGUGCCUCUUGUGUGAUGUGAGUAGCAUAUUACUCCUGUCCCCUCACAGACGGAGGAUGUGUUCUAGGAUCCAGAUAUGUGAUUUCACAACCCCGUGACCGUGGCCGUACGAUGAGUCCCUAGGGACAGUGAAGUGAACCACACGCGCUGGGCGGCUGAGCGGCUCAGCGCCAAACCAGAGUAAAGUGAAUCCUUCCUGCCUUUUAGUUUCAGUCUGAGCCAGCUUUCAUCUCUCUCAGGGGUCCACUAAUCAGCUAUUCAUUAGCAUUCUAGUAAGACUCUCCUCCGCUUCAACAUCACAGUGUAUAGUACAGUCACACACGCACAUGCACAUGCACACGCACACACACACGCACACACACACACACACACACACACAUGUUCUAUCUAGAGUCUAGACUAGAGUUCAGGUUUGAUCUUUCUGUAAUGACUGGUUCUAUUGUAACAGAUACGCUUCUAGUUCCUGACCAUGGCAGGCAGGCGCCCACUCAGUCUAUCUGAUCUGGGGUUAAAAGAAGAGGUCAACACUCCGUGGCCAACUAAUUCACUCUAUGAUCGUUACAAACCAUACUAGCCUUUAACCAGAGAAAUAUAAACAUUUGAGUGUGACUGUAACAUAGAUUUAUGAGUGCCAUCAUUAGAGCUGAUAAGGACAGAGAGAAUGUGGAGAGUAGGACCGAAUGGAAGAAAGAAGGAAGGAAGGAGUGAGAAGGAGUGAGAGAGGCAAGAGGUUUCAGGCCAGCUUGAGUUUGACGCGUUCGUUGGUGAUAUAGUCAUAUAUGAGCCCCAUCGUUAGUGCUGAUAAGGACCAAAAGAAGGAGAGAAAGAGAGAAGAAAGGAAGGAGUGAGAGAGAGAGCCAAGAGGUUGUAGCUAGCAUUGAUAAUGGACUCAUUAACAUCACAAUGUGAAAGAUUUUAAUCUAAUUUGCCUCUGGCCUCUCUCUGUGACACUGUGACUGGAGCAGGGCCAGGACACUGGGGCUCAGACGGAUCUGUCACAUAGCGUGUGUGUGUGUGUGUGUGUGUGUGUGUGUGUGUGUGUGUGUGUGUGUGUAGUACAGCUAUUUCCUUUCCCAGGGCUGUUUCCCUCUAGAAGUUAUAGCAUACAGUUAGUAUUGUGACAUAAAACAUAGGUCAGCGGAACAUGGUAAAGACCUAUCCUAGAUCCUGUAUACUAUAGAAUGGAGAGUAUUUAUUCAUAAUAUAAUAUGCCAUUUAGCAGACGCUUUUAUCCCAAGCGACUUACAGUCAUGUGUGCAUACAUUUUUACGCGUUGGUGGUCCCGGGGAUCGAACCCACUACCCUGGCAUUACCAGCGCCAUGCUCUACCAAUUGAGGUACAGAGGACCAUUCAUAUCAAUGACUGUUUCUUCAAUGGUGACAAUGGACCAUUGAAGAAACCCCCCGUCUUAGUUUUUUACAGUAUGGUAAAAACAAUAGGAUUAUAUGGAGCAUUAGGCCAUAACAGAGUGGGUCAUCAUGACCCUUAACCUCUGACUUAACAUAACAACAACAACAACACAGGUGGGUUAGUAACUAGGCAGUAGCUCGGUAGAUACACAGCAAUGUGAGUAACUAGAUUUCGAGGAAGUAAGCAAGCAAAGAAAUUCAUUGAUUUUCACCUGUUAGUUAUACUUAGCCUUUUUCUCACUACAGAUUUUGGUUCAUUUUUUCACUUUAACCAGUGGGCAUCAAUAAGCCGUAACCAGUAACACUAGUGACCAGCAGUGAGCAGCAACAGCAGCCCAUGCAGUUAGAAAGAGCAGGUGUCCUGUAAAGUAGAGGAUGCCAUCUGACAUUGAUUCCAGCUAAUGCUCUGGAGCUCCUUCUCUGAGUGCCACACACACACACACCGGGCUGCCAGCUAUCUGUUUCCUUUCCUACAUGGCACAGAGAGCGCUAUUAUCCUCAGACAUUACCAGGUCAGAAAGAGCAUGUCCACUGGGUAACUUAGCUAUUUGAAAUGGAGAGGUUUGAGUGGCGCUAAGAGGAGUGCAUAGGAAGAAGAUUGUAACAGUAGUGUAAAUGUCAGCAGUAGGUAUAGUAUAGUGCUCUUAAAGUGGACUUUGAUACUGAUCAUUAGGUUUCCAUCCUGUUCAAAUCUGUGGGAUUAAAUCCACUAAUGCUUAAUAUCCUUCAUCCGAUCUACACAGCGACACUCUGAAAGUGUAAAAUAACCUGAAUGCCUCUCUGUGUGCAUGUGAGAGAGAUAUGGAGAGAGAUAAUGUAAUGAGAGCGAACGAGGAAGAAAGCUGGAGGGGAAAGAGAAAGAGAUAUACAAAGAGGAGGAGGCAGAAAUCCAUUAGAGCAGUAGAUGUGUGUAUACUGUGUGCCGUAGCAGACACACACACACACACACACACACACACACACACACACACACACACACACAAAGGCACACACACACACACAUACAGAUUUAGCAGCCAUUCAUCUCUCUAAACACUGUUGUCUCUUUCCAGUAAUUACUUUGGACCUUCUGAACUCUACUGAUGUGUCUCAUCUCCUCCACAGUGUGUGUGUGUGUGUGUGUGAGUGAGUGUGUGUGCACGUAUGUGUGUUGUUCCCACACAUCACCAUAAAGCCAUUACCCUCUACUGUCUCUGUAGCAGAUAACUCACUACAUCACUAUGUGGAUGUGGAGAACAACACGAUCUCUCUGGGUGAGUCAAUAAAGAUGACCAGUCCUUCAUCACGUUCCCAUUAACCAAGCUGAUUACAGAGAACUCUGCUGGAUGAGAGAGGGAUGAACGAGGGUUGAGAGGGGCUAGAACAGACAGCACUGUGACGUGCAUAGAAAGUAGCCAAAGUCUUGUAAACAGAGAAAGAGGAAGAAGGAGAGAGAGAGGAGUGCCCUCUAUCUCGUGACUCACCACUUUUAUCGCCUUCAUCACCCCUCUAUCUCCUGUGCCUCACCCCCUCUAUCUCCUGUGACUCACCCCCUCUAUCUCCUGUGCCUCACCCCCUCCAUCUCCUGUGCCUCACCCCUCUCAACAGUACCCUUCUCUCUCCUGCCCUUGAGAAGAGAACAGUAUUGAGAGACACUCAACAAAUGGCAGCUCAAUCAUAUUCCUAUAGCUAAACUAAGUGGUCGUGAUGUAUCAUUUGACAUGAGAGACAUAGUAUGUCAUCGUAUAGAAGGUCAUGUAGCAGGUGCUGGGGUCUCACGUGACAGAGUGUGUAUGUUUUUCUCAGUCAGGCGUAUUCUAACUCUCUCUCUCUCGCUCUCUCUCUCUCUCUCUCUCUCUCCUCUCUCUCUCUCUCCUCUCUCUCUCUCUCUCUCUCUCUCUCUCUCUCUCUCUCUCUCUCUCUCUCUCUCUCUGCCUCUUUGUCUCUCUCCCCCUCUCUCUUAUAGUGGCUGUGACAGACGCGUACUUCAAGGCCCAGAGGAAAUUCACAGACGACAUCGACUGGUCCUACACAGGUUGGUACAGUUACAUUAACAGUAUGCAUGCCUUGGGGUAUUCAGGUUUCGAAUUACAGGGGGGCUGAAAUACCAAUGUGAGCGUUGGUCACCCUCAAGAGUCGAUGUAUAAUUCAAGCCCUGCGGACAUUUACCUCUCAGUGACAGAGCAGAACAUAUGGUUGGAAUAGUACCAUACGUUACCUCAGCCCUGACUGGUGCACUAAUGUUCAACCUGCUUCACACAACCAGCACUGAUAGUCUUUUCUCCACCUGCUGACAGACAUAGGGGAUUAAGCUCAGUUAUCCUAAGCCCUUACAAGGAGUGAUUGCUCCAUCAGUGAGAUAGACCUGACUUGACUGGUCUUGCUUGGUCAAAUCUAACUGUGUUCUGGUUGAGGGAAAUUGAGCGAGAGCAUUUAAAUUGCUCUAAGGGCCAGUCACGCUAAAAAGCUAAAUAGAUAGUGAAAUAUAUUUUCAGGCAUAAAAGGCCUUUUCUUUCAUGUACCGUCAUAUAUUUGAUUUCCAUCCUUCGUCCCAAAUUGCUUGACUUACACUCUCUCUGUCAAUGUGUAUUCAAAUAAGAAACAAUUCUGCUUGUUUGGUAAUAAUACUUUACAUUUUCUACACUGCUGCUCUCAAAGUUCAGGGCCCCGUCACAACAAGCUGAGUCCCAGAGAGACGGGAGAGAGACUGCAGGGCUCAAGUGUGUGUGUGUGUUUGUGUGUGUGUUUGUGUGUGUGUGUGUGUGUGUGUGUUUGUGUGUGUGUGUGUGUGUGUGUGUGUGUGUGUGUGUGUGUGUGUGUGUGUGUGUGUGUGUGUGUGUGUGUGUUUGUGUGUGUAUACCUUUGUUCGUGCAUGUGUACUGAACAUGAAUUAGAUUAUCAGGGUUCCCCUGAAUUAGAGCACAAAAAGGAAUUUCUCUGUAAACAUUUUAAUGUCAAACAGACAGUGUGAGAUAAAGGAUGUAUCUUAUCCUCUGUCUGUCUGUCUUUGUGCAGGCAGACUAUCCCAAUCACAUAGGUGAUAGACUGUAUAUACGGAAUAUCAGGUUAUGUGUUCAUAUUUGAGCAUAUAGAAUAGGACACAGAUUUCGUGUUGUUUUUCAGACUUUGUCUCCUUGCGUGCCCUGCUACUGUUUGUGUUUACAAAGUUGAUACAGUAAAAAAGCCACCACAGCCCCACGUUAACCCCUCUCCCCAGGAGGUCCUUGUGAUCCCCCCCCCACAUCUCCCCUGUCUCCAUCUGCCAGUGUGUGUGUGUGUAAUCUCCAUCCUCUGAUAACCCCAGGCCCCAGUGUAGGCCACGCGAGACAGGAUCCCCAGCCACCACAGCAGCCCAUUUCCUGCAUGUGUAAACCCUCUGAUCUCCUUCUCAUGGAUACAGGGCCUUUGUGUCCCUACACUACCCUCACUCUCUGUCUGCCUCGUUCUCCUUUUGCUGGGCUCUAACACAAGGGACAAAAUAAAUUAUCCAACUCUCUUCUCCAUCUACAUGUAACGGAGGUGGCUUGCGUGAUGAGUAACCUUGCCUGAGACCUGAAGACUUGCGUUAGCUCCCCAAGCUAAUGCUCAGCAGGCUAACACAGGACGAACCCAGUCUUACACAAACACACUGGUCAGCAUAAUGCACAUUCAGUACAGACAGCACCCUCUGCAGCAGCUUCUAACAGCUCUAAUGGGCUGUUAACCAACACCUUAUUGACUUGCUCCAGCUUGGCUUACUUAGUCAUACAGGCAGUCGUUAGUGUUAUUUCUGCUCCAGUUGUCUCCAGCCGUCUUCCCCCACUCCUCUCCUAGAGGUGCUGAGGUUGGGGAUGAGGUAAGGGUUGAGUUCCCCCCGCUCCCCUCUCCCUCUCCGGAGCUUGGGUUCGGGCUAGGCCCUGGGGUAAUAUUGUAGUAGCUGGGGAUUAGGUAAUAAUGCAGUAGGACUCAGAGAAGAGACUUAGUAACGUUGGAUGGUGAUGCGUGUCAGGCCAUCAUUACACUGACUGAGGCCCUCUAGUAGAGUUGACAGAUGUGUGGGGGGGAGACCAGUGGAAGAACAGGACCCCCACCCCUCACACACACUCACACACACACUCACGCAUCCACACACACACACACACACACAGAAACACACACACACACACAAGUAUGGUGUGUUUGCUUAGCCAAAUCCUAACAUACAUAAUACAUGAAUUCACUUGCUUGAAUCCACUCUCCUUGCGGCCUAUGUCUUCUGACAUUAAAGGGCAACAGCUAGAGUGAAGAACGUUCAUGUUGUAUUCUACAAAAUACAAGACAGGAAAGUAGGCUUGAUCUAUCAGACAACCAAUAACAGAUGUUGUUUGUGGGAUGUUGGAGGAUGAAUAACAGGUACUUUUAUCCUUAUUAUAUGUCUUUAAUCCUACAAAGCGCUUUCAAAACAGAAAACAAAGAGAGUUGCCUGAUAGUGAUAUGUUAAGUGAUGAUCUGUAAUUCAUUUUGACAAGUUGCACGCAUCUCCAAAAUGUUAGUGCAGCUCCACUGAGCCCUAUUACAAGGGGGUUAUCCUCUUUCUUUAGCCAUUUAAAGGACUGUGACUGACUGCUGGUAAGUGGUGAUGAUAUCUGUAUUGAGAGGACAGACAGGUAGCUGAGUGUGUGCUUGGGCUGUAGUCAGAGAGGUAAUGGCUGUGUGUGUGUGUGUGUGUGUGGACGUGUUUAACCAUACUUGUGGGGACCAGAACACAAGAAUAGUAAACCAAGAAAAUGUUGACCAACUGGGGACAUUUUGUUGGUCCCCACAAUGUCAAAUGCUAUUUCUAGGGGGUUUAGGGUUAAGGUUAGAAUUAGGGUUAGAAUUAGGUUUAGGGUUAGGGUUAUGAGAUAGGGUUAGUUUUAGGGUUAGGGUUAGGAGCUAGGGUUAGGGUUAAGGUUAGGGUUAGGGUAAGGGUACGGGUUAGCGUUAGGUUUGGGGUUAGGGGUUAGGGAAAAUAGUAUUUUGAAUGGGACUGAAUUGUAUGUCCCCACAAGGUUAGCUGCGCAAGACUGUCUGUGUGUGUGUUUGUGUGUGGCGUGUGUGUGGUGUGUGUGUGUGUGUGUGUGGUGUGAGUCAGGAGUUGAGUGUCUUAGUCCCCAGGGACAUUCUACCUUUUCAGAGAAUCAGAACUCCACUUUUCUCCUCCUCUACUAUAAAGACUGAAUCUCUAAAAGAUCAGUCGUUACAGGUGAGUCAGACCUGUGUCAGACAGACCAUUAAACCAUACUGUAUGUGUGGCCAAGUCCCAAAUGACACCCUACUCCACCAUAUAGUCCACUACUUUUGACCCGAGCCACAUAGUGUACUGGGAUGUCAAUAGUCUGUCAUUUGAGGCUCGGUUUAAAAGUAUUGCAAUGUAAUGGGGAAUUAGGGACAUUUGAGACAGAUCCUUUGUGUGUGUUCCUGGUAAGACUGACAUAAGCGUGUUGCUUCUGGCACUUAAUUCUCCUCCAAACCUCUGCAGCUACUUGGUACAUGGUAGCAUCUUGUGAGUGUAGCAGCAGUGGUGUGUCAUGGCAUUUAUGCCAGAUGAGGCCCCCAGAACCAACUAACACCCCCCCUGUCACUUUGCUGCCAGCAUAGGAGAAGCACACACACACACAUGUUCAGGCACACAGUCACACAUGCAGACAUGCACACACACACACACCAAAUAAAGCGUCAAUCUUUUUACCAACCUACACACACACACUCACACACGCAACACUUGCACACCAAAUUGACAGGCACACUCCUUGCUGUCACACAGACCAUUUAAGUGGUACAGCCAGAAGCUACUCUCGUCUGUCACCAACGCAGUAAACUGUCAUUAAACUCACAAUGGCAAUACGGCCAAAUUCAGAGUGGAAAUUAUUUGACCCCAUAAAUGGCUGUGAAUGUCGGCCAUGCCUGAUAAACUCUGUUGUCUUUAGCACAUGCUGCUGCCUGACCUCCUCUAUUGAUGACUCUGUAUUCGUUCUACUGGGUUAUUAGCCAGGAGAGUUAUUAUGGGAGGGGGGAGGGGGGACAGAGAGAGAGAGAGAGAGAGAGAGAGAGAGAGAGAGAGAGAGAGAGAGAGAGAGAGAGAGAGAGAGAGAAGGCUGCUGGGAAGACACUAUCUCUCUCUCUCUCUCUCUCUCUCUCACACUCGUUCACACACACACACAGCCAGAUAGAGUAGGUUAUUACGAGUGAGUGGAGGGAGAGAGAGAGAUACAGUAGUUAUUAUGACACUGGGGAGAGGGAGAGGUGAUAAUGAAGUAUUUCCUCCUCCCCUCUCAGCCUGGCCAUUCUCAUGCUAAUGUCUCUGAGCUCAGACAAUAACAACCGACUCAUUACUCCUUUACAGCAACAUGCUCCCCUUGCUGAGGCAUCUCAGAGACCCAGCAGGGAUUAUCAUAAUACUCACAGUACAGUAUAUUGUGGAUGUAUACUAGCAUACAUAUGGGCCAUUUGGCUUACUGUAUGAAUGUACUUACUGUAAGCGUUGUACUGUAUAUGAUGUGCUGUAUGUACAGAUGUAGGAUCUUAAUUUGAGCCAGUUUGAUACAGCAGGAAAAUAUUCUGGCAGCAACAGGAAAUGUUGAAUUAUUAUGUGAGUUAUAAUUAAUGGACAUUUUUGUAGCGGUUGUCCCCCAAAAAAUGGUAAGGGAAAAUCAAGUCUGAAAUUUCAAACUGGAAGUUACAAACUUCAGAAGGCUUUUUAAAGUGGCACUAUGUAACUUUUUGGGGCGACCCGACCAAAUUCACAUAGAAAUGUGAGUUAUAAAUCUAUCAUUCUGUUCUAGGCACGCUAUUUCUAUGUUUUCCGUUCUUAAGUUUAGUUUUUGCAUCUUUUACUUUCGGUUAUGUACACCAGCUUCAAACAGCAAUAUUUUUGGUUAUGGAAAAUAUAUUUCACAGCGGUUUACAUUUUAGUCAUUUAGCAGACACUCUUAUCCAGAGCGACUUACAGUUAGUGAGUGCAUACAUUAUUAUUACAUUCCCUCCCCUACCCUGGACAACGCUGGGCCAAUUGUGCGCCACCCCAUGGGUCUCCCGGUCGCGGCCGGCUACAACAGAGCCUGGAUUCGAACUAGGAUCUCUAGUGGCACAGUUAGCACUGCAAUGCAGUGCCUUAGAUCACUGCGCCACUCGGGAGGUUAGUUUAGACGGUACAAUGAUUCUCUAUACUAUGCUAGCUUAUUUUGUCACAUAAACUAUUAGAGAUUUAGCAACCAGGAAAUGGCAGAGCGAUUUCUGCAUAGUGCAACUUUAAACAUCAAAUGCACUACAAGUUUAAAAUUUCUCCUGCAACAGGGUGAUCAAACUAAGAUCCUAAAUCUGUAUGCUACCUGCCCAGUCAUUUGUGACCAACUGUCAGGCCAUCUGCUCCGUUAACUCCUCAUCUGCUGGACUAGAUGGGGAUGCUGUAGAGCUGAUUCUGUAUGUGCUGUUUGUAAACGCAGUUGGGGUUAAAGUUCAGUUGAGGGUUAUGAGGAUUGGCCAUUGCAAUGGAUAUUGAGGGAUUAUUUAAAUGGCACAUUUUUAUGUUUUGCAGCAGAAAACAAAUGCUAAACUUGUUUAUACUCAGCAGUAGCUGACCUCUAUAAAGUGUUUCCUUUAAAGCCAUUCUCCCUGCAGGGUUGUGUGGGAGUUGUUUAGUUACACUACCUGCUGCCUGCGCUGUUAAGUCAAUUCCAUAUCACAGUUUGCCAUCUCAUUCCCAUCUUUGGUAUUACUGAUCCAUUGUAAAGAUUCUUCCUCUCUAUGUUGUCCUCCUCAGGCCAGUUGAACCAGAAGAUCUGGGGUAAGAGAUACCCGGCAUGUAACAAUGCCCGUCAGUCACCCAUCGACAUCGAUGAGACGUUCACCCAGGUCCGAGUGGAGUACCAGGGCCUGCAGCUGGAGGGCUGGGAGAAGAAGACCCCAGAGACCACCACUAUCAACAACGACGGCAACACAGGUACUGUACAACAUGAUGCUGCUUAUACCCUUUCCAUACUACUGAGCCAUGAAAUAUCCAACCCAUGGUUCGGGUUGGCAUUAUAGUGUGAAAAGGGUAAUAUCAUGGGUCGUGUUCAGAAGGCACAAAACUUCUAAUGGUUAUUAAUUAGUAAGAACAGAUUGUUUCAGUGUCAUAUUAAUCUUCAUAUACAGAGAUAGUUAUGGAAAUAUAACUCAAUAUGAGUGAUGGGUUUAUUGAGAGAGAGACAGAGACAGAUAGAUGGAGAAAGCAAGAGACAGAGAGAGAGAGGUGAGAAUAAUGGUCUGUCUUCCAGAGGAAAUUGAAUGACUCUUGGAUAUCAUCUCUCCAAAAUGUCUCCCUGUGGCUGUGUUAUGAAAAUGCUGCCUGUUGGGUAUUAUUAAUCUUUCUGUUCCAAUACGCUGACAGAAAAGCAAUUUAACAAUAAGACAAUCUCUUUGAAACAUCUAUUAUGAUUAUAUUGUGUGAGGAUAGGGAUCAGGCCAGGGAGAGGGAGGAGGUAUGUUUUUUUCUCAGGGGGAAUGUAGAUGUGUUUCAUAUGGGAAAAUGAUAUCAUGGCUUCAAAGACAUUAUGGUUUUUAUUGUAAUUGUAACAUUUACAGUACCAAUGAAAAGUUUGGACACACCUACUCAUUCAAGGGUUUUUCUUUAUUUUUACUAUUUUCUACAUUGUAGAAUAAUAGUGAAGACAUCAUAACUAUUAAAUAACACAUAUGGAAUCAUGUAGUAACCAAAAAAAGUGUUAAACAAAUCAAAAUAUAUUUUAUAUUUGAGAUUCUUCAAAUAGCCACCCUUAGCUUUGAUGACAGCUUUUCACACUCUUGGCAUCUCAACCAGCUUCAUGAGGUAAAUAAAGAAAAACCCUUGAAUGAGUAGGUGUGUCCAAACUUUUGACUGAUACUGUAGAUGUGCUGAACAUGUUCUGUAUUUGUAAUUCGAAAUUAGGCUGUGGUAUGUAGAAACAGUAAGUACCAUUAUGUAUUCUGCCAUAGACCCAUAAUUAAAAUUAUGUCCAAGCACAUCAGUGGUGGGUGGGAGGGAAGCCUCGGAAGCCCAGCCUUCUCACGUAGUUGAAUGAACUAGACAGGCUUUGGAAGGCUGCCCAUGCAAGACUAGUGGGUGGGUAAUAUGGUUGUGUGUGGUGUGCGUGUGCGCGUGUGUGUGUGUUUGUGUUUGUGUGUGUGUGUGUGUGUGUGUGUUCCAGUGGUGCUAGGCCUGGAUGGGGAGUACUAUGUGAGUGGCGGUGGUCUGAGCACCAGGUUCAGGGUGGGGAGGAUGACGUUCCACUGGGGCCGAUGCAACGCCUCCUCAGAUGGAUCAGAACACAGCCUCAACGGACUCAAGUUCCCCCUGGAGGUAGCACAUCAAUCAAUCAAUGAAUAAAUCAUAGCAAAUAACACAUCACAUCAUGCCACACCGCACCUACAGUACACAGUAUGACUACACAUCACUUUACACCGACAUUACAAAACCCACAAUGAAUAACAAUCUCUCUCUCUCUCUGUCUUUCUUUCUCUCUCUCUCACUCUCUAUCUCACUCUCGCUCUCUCUUUCUCUGAUCCAGAUGCAGAUCUUCUGUUAUGAGUCAGACCUGUACCAGUCUAUAGACGAUGCAGUGAAGGAUGGAGGGAGGAUCGCAGCACUGGCUGUCCUGUUUGAGGUGGGGCUCUGAACCAAUAUCCACACUGCAUACUACUUAGCAUGAAUCUAUGCAUACUAGAUAGUAUGCUAGCAUGUUAGUAUGUCAGCUCAAUAUGAUUUCUGCUCCACAGACCAGCCUAGACAACAAUGACCACUACAACACCAUCAUAGAAGGCGUCAACAGCGUCAGAAGAUUUGGUAUGCAGCUGCUCAUUAUAAGACUCUAUUUAUUUUACUCUAUUUUUACAUUCUAUUAUUUCUAUUUCUAUAUUCUGAGGAUUCAGGAGACCCAGUGACCUACUGAAAAGCAGGUGUAUCUAUCACUCACAUCACUCUAUCACUCUCUAUCAUUCAGGUAAGACUGGAAAUGUUGAGCCCUUCUCUCUGCUGGCCCUGCUCCCUAACUCUACUGAUAAAUACUACACAUACAACGGUUCCCUCACCUCCCCGCCCUGCGCUGAGACGGUGGAGUGGAUCGUCUUCAAACACACCGUGCCCAUCUCUGAGACACAGGUGAGUGUCACACACACACAUAAACAUGGGGGCACGCACACAAAUACACACACACACUUAAUGAUGUUAUACAGUGAGAGGCAGUGUCAUGAUGAUGUCAUACAGUGAGACAGCUUCCCAAGUAUGAGGAACAGAGAAGAGCAGGAGAACAGGAGUGUGUGUGGGCGGCAAGGCGCGAUGUGACGUGGGCAUAAAUAAUCAGUGGGCACAGAUCUCAGCCUCUCAAAGACACCACGAAAAUAGAGCAGCACUCUCCCUGCUUUCUGCCAUGACACACACACACACAAUAUCAAUAUUUCACUACAGUAGCAGCAGGAGCAGGAAGACACUGCAGAGACAACUCCCCCUCCACAGGGGAGGACCUUCCCAUUUCCCCUCCACUUCCUGCUCUUUAAAUCUCAAUUUAAACCAACCUGGAGCAGGACUGCUGUAGUUAACUCACACAGGGUUUCUGCCUGCCUCAUCUAUUCUCCAUCAUCCACUUUAGAACAGAGAGUGUUUUUUCAACGUUUUAGGAAGGGAGACGUAAGGUAGUGGCAGAAACAUUUAAAGGUUGUUGUGCUACUUUGGUGAAGCACGCAAGACAUAAAUGAAUGCACAACUCUCACAUCUCUCUGUCUCCCUGUCUCUCUGUUUCUUUCUUUCUUUCUUUCUUUCUUUCUUUCUUUCUUUCUUUCUUUCUUUCUUUCUUUCUUUCUUUCUUUCUUUCUUUCUUUCUUUCUUUCUCUCUCCUCUCUCUCUCUCUCUCUCUCUCUCUCUCUCUCUCUCUCUCUCUCUCUCUCUCUCUCUCUCUCUCUCUCUCUCUCUCUCUCUCUCUCUCUCUCUCUCUCUCUCUCUCUCUCUCUUCUCACUCCCUCGCUCCCUCCCUCUCAGUUGGAGGUGUUCUGUGAGGUGAUGACCAUGCAGCAAGCAGGCUAUGUGAUGCUGAUGGACUACUUGCAGAACAACUUCAGGGAGCAGCAGCAGCAGUUCUUGGGCCAGGUCUUCUCCUCCUAUACUGGAACAGAGGAGGUCCUCACUCCCAGUAUGUAUCCAUAACUCUUAACCCUGAACCCUGACCCUCACACUCCUUCUACACAGGCACAGUUGAGGUCCUCACCCCCAGUUCAUACCUGUAGGCUAUACCCUGAACCCUAACCUCUAACCCUAGACCCCUAAUCCUUACCCUCACCUUACACUGGCAAAUAAGGAGGACCUUACUCCUAGUACGUACCCCUAACCUAUAACCCCUGACCUCUAAACCCUUACUAUUAACCCCUAACUCUAACUCUGGCCUUCACCUUUUUCUCACACAGGGACCGAGGAUGCUCUCAUUUAUAGUAUAUACCUGUUUUACUUUAAUGCCUGACCCCUGACCCCUGACCCUUAUCUACCCGCUGACCCCAACACCUGACCCCUAACCCUCAGCACCCCCCCCCUAACGACCAGAUGCUGACCCUACUCCUGGCUCCUCUCUUCUCCCAUACUAGACCUCUGUAAAACCCUAGCAUGAUUCAGACACACUCACACUGAGCUGUACUGUAACACUAACAGGCCAUACCGUGAAGUAGGAAAUAGCGUCAAAAGCCCCCGAUCUUGUAACCAGUCACAUAGGGAAGAUCUCAAUUGCAGACUCCUCGCAUCUUUUUUCCUCUCUGCUCGUCUCCGUCUCAAAACCGAUUGGAUGAGAAAGCCAGAGGUCCCACCCCUCUGACCUUCUCCUCCAAUGGGUUUUGAGAAGGAGGCGAGGACAUGAGGAGUAUGCAAUUGAGAUUCUCCCAUAUUCUCAGUAUUUAGUGAUGUUUUAGAGCCCACUCCCAAAGUCUUACGAGUGCAGCUCAUCAAAAGCCCUCUCUCUCUCUCGCUCUCUCUCACUCUGCCUUUUAAAAAGACCCCAAAUAAGCUCUCUGGGUUGCUAGGAAACCUGACUUUGUAAUUCCCCCUCUUUCAGUGUAGCAAUUUAUUUGAAAUGUUCUCUUUUUUUUUAUUGAAAUAUGUCUGUUCAGAAAUGCAAAAUGCAAAAAGCAUGGAUAUCAAUCCCCUUUCCAUAUCUAUACCCAAAAUGUCACAAUUUACCUUCUUCCAGUGUUGCUCUAAGAGAGACGUUGUCUACCUACAUGUUUCCUUAGGAAAGCUCAAUUUCCCAUUGUCUUCCCUGUGUUGAAAAUUAACAUAUUCCCAAUCUGAUUAUCAUCAGAGAUUAUAUUGGAAUCUAACGUAAUCUAACCUCAUUUUUCUGUGUUCUCCAGUGUGCAGCUCCGAACCUCAGAACAUGCAGGCGGAUGCCCAGAAUGACACUACUAUCAUGGUGAUGUGGGAGCGCCCCCGUGUGGUGUAUGACACCACCAUCGACUGGUACUCUGUCACCUACCAGCGGCUGCAGGACCAGAACCAGCCCAAACACGAGUACCGCACCGACGGAGACCAGGACGUGGUAAUACACCUGUCUACUUAUCCAUCUACUGUUGCAUACCAGUCAGUGCUGGAAGGGACUACUUGUCUGUCUGUGGGUCAUCUCUCUCCAUCUCUCCCUCGCUCUCUUUCUCUCGCUCUCUCUCACUCUCUUGCUUUCUCUCUCUCUCCCUCGUGUUCUCUCUCUCAUGAUUAUUUUCUGAAUAACUGUAAAAUGUAAAUAUUGUGCUGUUCCUGGAGGCUGUUGCCGUAGUGAUAACCAAAAUAUACCUGUAAACCAUCUGGCCAAAGGUUUACAAUAUACAAUAUCAAUACAGCUGUGAUUGUUUUUGUUGUGUGUGUGAUGGUUAGUAUUCAUCUGACCUUAUGUCCCUUCUUACACAAAUCGAUAGCAUUGCAUUUUAGUCAGAAAUCAAUCUCAUUUGUUAAAUAGAGUGAAUAAAGCUGAGACAAGCAACUGACUGUCACUGCUGUGAUUGGCUGACUUAUUGACGAGUGUGAUUGGCUGACGUAUUAUUGAUCAAUCACCCUCUCUCAGGGGGCCAUCAUCCCCAGUCUCCUGUCCAACAGCAGCUAUGUGGUCCAGGUGGUAGCUGUCUGCACCAAUGGCCUGACGGGGCGCUGGAGUGACCAGAUUAUAGUGGACAUGCCCCAGGAGGACCCGGGUGAGACCAGCUAUAAUCCACAACCAAACAUUUUAACGUUAAACCUGUCACAAGAGACUAGACCAGCUUCUAAAAGGGAUUUUUAAUCCAGGAAUCUGUGUCCAGCGUGAGCCUAUACUACUGAGAUUCAUAGGAGAGAGUAAAGUGCUUAGGUUAACGGACUUGAACGUUGAAGUAAGUAUAAAAGUUAUCAAAAUAGUUGUGCUCAUCAUGAUAACAGUUAACGGACUUGAACGUUGAAAGUAAGUAUGAAAUUAUCAAAAUAGUUGUGCUCAUCAUGAUAACAGUUGUCUAAUAUAUAUAUAACCACCCAUUCUCUUUUCUCCAGAGAUUGAGUCUGAUCCAGACAAUAGGGAACCUGAGGAGAUAUUGGAACCAGUGGAUAUAUUGGAACAAGUAGACCAGAUCCCAGUAGACCAGAACCCAGUAGAAGAGAGCAGAACCAGAGAGGAUCGCCAGCAGAUUUUCCCUGACCAGCCCUCCACCACUGCUGCCUCCCAGGUGAUCUCUGUGCCAGUACCACCAGGGACCAGAGAUGACCAGAACCGGAUCGACCAGAACCCUGUGAACCAGUCCAGAGUGGACAAGACCAAGAAGGACCAGACCAGGAAGGACAAGAAGAAGCAGCGUAUCCCUCCGCACCGCCCCUUCACCAGUGCCGCCUCCAACGGCAAGAGCGCCAUCUGGGUCACCAUGGUGACCGACCAGCCGGGCUUCCUGAUUCCCGUCUCCCGGACGACCAGCCCGCCACCUGUCCGCCGGCGAAUCACAGAGGAGGCCUCGUUGUCGUGGUCGCCUCAGCAGAGCCAGAACCAAAACCGUGGUUCCGCUGCCCAGAAACCUGACGUUUCCGGUAUCGGCCUGCUACCCCCAGAUGGCGAUAUGUACACCCCUCCGGCGGGGGGCAUGGUGGUCACUGAUGUUUACUACGAGGACGUUGUAAACACCACUGCCUUAGAGUUCGCAACUACGCCAUCUAAAACAACGCUGAAAAAAACACUCAGUCCUGUUACUGCCAGACCUAAAGUCACAAUGAAAGGACAGGACAGGGGCUUGGUUUUGACCACCAGGCUGUCUGAUAACAGAGGUAGCACAGUGACAAGGGCAACCCCUAUUCAACAGACCCUGGUUUCUGUAACCUCAACCCCCUCUGUGCCCUGGAUCAGAUCUAGGACUUCAAGUCCCAGCAACUCCCUCUCCACGGCCUACGGCUCCUCCACUACCUCAGGCCUCGUCAAGGUCGUACAGAACACUACCCAGCCCAUAUUCACCGGUAAGAAACACAUAUGUACCCUGCAACCCUACAUGCAUGCUGUAAAUGUCUGUGUGUGUGCAUAUAAACUAAAUUACACAUAACCUUUAUGCCUUUCCCUCUCCUCCUGUUGUCAAAGCUUGCUACUGUAUAGUGCACUCUUAGAUUGUUUGGUUGUGUGGUGGUUGUUUGAUGGUUGAAUUAUGGUUGUAUGAUGGUUGUAUGCUGGUUGUUUGAUGGUUUUAUGGUGGUUGUUUGAUGGUUGAAUGAUGGUUGAAUGAUGGUUGAAUGCUGGUUGUUUGAUGGUUGUAUGCUGGUUGUUUGAUGGUUUUAUGAUGGUUGUUUGAUAGUUGUUUGAUGGUUGUAUGAUGGUUGUGUGAUGGUGGUUUGAUGGUUGUGUGAUCUGUACCUCUCUUCUUUGCUCAUCUGCCUCUCUCUACUGCUGUGCUGUUGAUAAGGGUGAUAUUGACGCUUAGACCUACAAUGGUGAUGGUGGGUGUUAAUAAUGAUAGUGGAGAAGGGACUGGCGCUCUACUGGCUGGUGGUGAUUAUGGUGGUGAUGUGCUGUAACAGUCCAGCUCUCGGUGUCUGUCUAUGGUGAUCUACCUUUUUCAACUUUUCUCUCAUCCUUUGGCUGCCCAGUGGUUCAUACUGGGACAUACUGGUACAUCAGAGAUCCAUGUCUUUUACCAAUAUCCAGUGGUGGUGGUAUUCCUAUGCCAGUCUGUCUUCUUUCCCUUGAAUCAUAAGGAUUCACAUCUUAUGUCUUCUUCUGGGACUCUUUACCUGCCUUGCUGUGGGUGAGCUGGCUGCUCCUCCGUGACUCCAGUCUGCCCUCUGGUGGCUGCUCUGUAUAGGCACUCAGACUGUGGUUGUUGUGCUCCUCUUCUCCAGGUCUCUGCUCUUCUAUCCUUCGUUCUCUGGUGGUCUGAUGUAGUGUCUCUUUGUUAAGUAUUCAGUUUAGUGCUUAUUUUCACACUCAGUCUGACCAGACAGGUCUCUCUGUUCCAGUCAGUACCAGCUUUCAGAGGGGGACUUGGGUUCAGCAGCCCACAGAACCUCUCAACUUUCCAGCCCCAUACCCCUCUGUCUCCCUCUCUGAAGAGGAUUCUAGCACCUUGCACCCUACUCUCACACCCUCCCAAGGGGGCUACACCACCCUUGCACCCUUCUCUCAGCCAUUCCGAAGAGACAGCAACCCUCUACCCGUCUAUCACCCCCUCCAAAAAAUACACAACCCUCUCCCCCUCUGUCUGCCGCUCUGAAGAGGACCCCAGGUCGGACAGACAGACUGUGACCUCUCAGGUUGGACAGACGGACAUCAGUGGGUCAGGCUCUGGCCUCUACGGGGAACGGGGUCACCCUAGGUCACGACUGGCCGAGAGGGGCGACACUUUCCCUUGGGACAGACCUACGUUCACUCACACUGGCCUCAGCCCUGGACACAACAAAGGGAAGAGACACAGGAAGAGAGCAGCGGUGACUUAGAGGGUCUUUCCUCUAGCUUCCACUUUGAGAGUGAGACUGGUAGUGGUGUGUCCGAGGUGGACAGAGCAGGGGCCAAUCCCCAGGGGUCUGUGGUGCUGGGUGAGGCUAGUGGGUCUGGAGAUGGAGAGGUCCUAGUGGAGCUGCCCAGCGCUGGUAACUCUGGUAUAGAGCUGCAUAUCCCUGGUAUAGAUCUACGUGUCCCUGUCCUCCCUGACAACAGGGCUGUGGAGGAGCUGAGGAAAGGUAACAUCAUGGUGGCGGGUUAGGAAUCUCCAAUCAUGGUGGCGGGUUAGGUGGUGUUAUUCAGAGAGUGAUAUGAGAUUUCCUUGUGUAGGAGAGGAAAUAUGAUUUUGGCAUUUAUACUCAAUGAGGUGGUAACAGAUUUCCUACUGAUUUAAAUUAAUAAAGUAUGUGUUUUUAAAUCCAGGGUGUGUGCGUGUGCAUACAAGUCUGUAAAUAACAACCCAUUCUUUUCCCCCCCAGAGAUCAGUAACAGCAGCCAUGAGUCAAGGGUAGAAAUGGUGGGAAGUGUUGCUGAGAGGGAGAGGAGGACAGUGGUCCCUCUGGCUGUGGUAUCAACCCUCACCAUUAUCUGUCUACUGGUCCUGGUGGGCAUCCUCAUCUACUGGAGGUACGAUUAGCACACCUGCAUUGUUAGCCGUUUUGUAAUUUAUCAGUAACUUACUGUAUAAACUGAAUACAGUAGAUUACCGUACAAUCCACAGUAAAAUACUGUACAUUUGUUUUACAGCACACUGUAAGACCUUUCUAUAAUUUCAAAACCUAUCAAAUGCACAGUAAAAUACUGUAAAUGUGUUUUACAGUAUUAAUUAUGGUGCAUUGUGGUGAAACAUUGUGUGAGGAGAAAGAAUCGCUGUCUCAAUAACAUAUUUUAAGGCGUGCAUUGGCUAUAUUUGUUUCACCCAUUAGUGAGAGUCCUGUACCAAUUUAAGUGAUAUGUGGUAGUAGUUCCCUAACAAUUAAAUGUAUACUGAACAAAAAUAUAACUGCAACGUGCAACAAUUUCAAAGAUUUUCAAAGAUGAGUUACAGUUCAUAUAAGGAAAUCAGUCAAUUGAAAUAAAUGAAUUAGGCCCUAAUUUAUGGAUUUCACAUGACUGGGAAUACAGAUAUGCAUCUGUUGGUCACAGAUACCUUUAAAAAAAGGUAGGGGCGUGGAUCAGAAAACCAGUCAAUAUCUGGUGUGACCACCAUUUGCCCCCUGCAGCGUGACACAUCUCCUUCACAUAGAGUUGAUCAGGCUGUUGAUUGUGGCCUGUGGAAUGUUGUCCGACUCCUCUUCAAUGGCUGUGCGAAGUUACUGGAUAUUGGCGGAAACUGGAAUACGCUGUCGUACAUGUCGAUCCAGAGCAUCCCAAACACGCUCAAUGGGUGACAUGUCUGGUGAGUAUGCAGGCCAUGGAAGAACUGGAACAUUUUCAGCUUCCAAGAAUUGUGUACAGAUCCUUGCGACAUGGGGCCGUGCAUUAUCAUGCUGAAACAUGAGGUGAUGGCGGCGGAUGAAUGGCACGACAAUGGGCCUCAGGAUCUUGUCACAGCAUUCUCUGUGCAUUGAAAUUGCCAUCGAUGAAAUGCAAUUGUGUUCGUUGUCCAUAGCUUAUGCCUGCCCCUACCAUACACGUGGUCUGCGGUUGUGAGGCCGGUUGGAAGUACUGCCAAAUUCUCUAAAACAGCUCUGGUGGACAUUCCUGCAGUCAGCAUAGCAAUUACAGCGCCCUCAAAACUUGAGCCAUCUGUGGCAUUGUGUUGUGUGACAAAACUUCACAUUUUAGAGUGGCCUUUUAUUGUCCCCAGCACAAGAUGCACCUGUGUAAUGACCAUUCUUGAUAUGCCACACCUGUCAGGUGGAUGGUUUAUCUUGGCAAAGGAGAAAUGCUCACUAACAGGGAUGUAAACAAAUUUGUGCACAAAGUUGGAGAGAAAUACAUUUUUUGUGCAUAUGAAAAAUGUCUGGGAUCUUUUAUUUCAGCUCAUGAAACAUGGGACCAACACUUUACAUGUUGCGUUUUAUAUUUUUGUUCAGUAUAUAUAGGGAAUAGAUCAGAGUAGAAGCGGGUCUUAAACCUUUUAAUGGCUGAAUAUUUACCCAUGUCCAUUUGAUCUGUUUUGCCAUGUAAUCACGGCCAGUUUGGAAGCCUUUGAUUAGGCCUCUAGAAGUGCAAGUGAUAUGAAACACCUAGUAUUCCUUAAUAUGCAAAUGCCUACAGCCAACCUGCUUGCUCUAAUCCCUUGUAAUUACAGUAAAAUACUGUAGUUUAAAAAACAUAGUUUAAUAGUCAGUUUUACUGUAUUGUACUGUGUUUCAUUGCUCUGUCAUCAAGUUACUGUAAAUAUCUCAGUAUUGUAUUGGCACUAUCCAGAGAUAUAUCAUAAGGUAGCUUGUUGUAAUUACAAGUAAUGGAGAAGCUUUUUACUUGCUAUGAUUGUGAUUUUUUUUAUCAACCUUGGUUGAAUACACUGACUGUAAGUUGCUAAGGACAAGAUCGCCCGCUAAAUGACCAAAAUGUAAAUGUGAAAAUGAAAACUUGCAAAGAACACUGGGUAAUAUGUCACUGCAUGGGUAAUUCCAAUAAUAUACUGUAAUUAGAUUACAGUCACAUUUUUGGUACUGUACAAUUGAUUACUGUAAAAUGGAUUACAGUAGCUGUACUGUAAAAUAGAUUACAGGAACUUACUGGCCAAAUGCUGCCAGUAAGUUACUGUACAUUUUACAGGAAAUGUUUUACAGUGUGUGUUCAGAUAGAAAUGUAUUGUAAAGAGCAGGUAUGAUUGUCUGCCCUGUAGAAUUGGGAGUCGUGUCAGCUCUGUUCAUUAUAUUUCAAUUUGCAACGUUUGUUUAACAGAAACUGCUUCCAGACGGUUGAACUCUACACUGAAGACACUGCCUCACCCAAAGUCAUCUCUGCUCUGUCUUCACCUCUGCUGCUCGCCACAGGUAACACACACACUCACACUCACACACACACACACACACACACACACACACACACACACACACACACACACAUACCUUCAUCCAUUCACUCCUGUCUGUGUUUCCAGAAGAGCACGAGGCGCUGUCAGUGAAGCAGUUUGUGAAGCACGUGGCAGAACUCCACCAGAACAACACCUUCUCCAAGGAGUUUGAGGUGAGAGAGACAUCAACCUGAUACUACUGUAUGUAUUAUACGUGCUGCUCUUAAUGCUCCCCAGCAGUAUUAACAUCACUUAGACACAGUGUUGUAGUCAUGGUUGGGAUGUGACCCUCACUGCUUACUAAAGCUGCCAUUAUUCCUUUCUAAUCAAUAAAAGUGUAUGUUAGUUCAGAGUAUAACUGAACUCAACACUACUGGUAAGUGAGGCAUCCUGUCUGAAAGGUGGCACUGUCUGAAACAGAAACGUUUGUUUAAUGGCCAAUGAGAAUAGUUAGAGAAACAUUUUAGUUGUUGUCUGUAGAUGUUAAUAUGUGUUUAGAUGUCCCUAUCUCAGUGUAACUGUUGUGGGUUGUGGGAUAGCAUGUUGAGGGUGUACUGUAUGUUAGGGUGAGGGACUACAUUACACUGUCUCUGUAGGUAACCUUACUCUGGUAAAGCCUGAACAUAGCUAUAGACACACAGAGUUUGGCAAACCUUUUAGACAUUUUAAUGGGUGCCAUGUUCACACCACCCAUUCCAAGACAACGCUCCAAUAGAAUGUUUGGUGUCAACAUGGCGUACAGUUUGCAACACUGUGUGUAUCAGUAGGUGACCCCACUACCUCCAGACACAUACACACACAGAGAGCUGUUCCUCAUGUUUGUGUAUCUGCACUGACUGGUCACUGUGUGUCUCCCAACCCCUCAUCGCUGUGCUUUCUGCAUUCUCACCCACUCCUCCCUCCUCCCCUCCACCCUCCCACCACCCAUUCUCACCCCCCACCCCUCCUUCCUCCCCCUCCCAUUAGAUUGUGACAGAGUGUUAUGAGGUAAGACUCCCUUUGUGUUAGAUUAGAUAUUCACAGUGUCAAAGAUGUGAUCUCAUCUUAUCCUGAUUCAUCAGGACUUCCUGAUUCUUUGACCUUUGACCUCAGAAUCAGGAAGACCUUUUCUCUUUAUCCUAUCAUUGGAAUUGACUGAUAGUGUUUUCUUUGUUGCAUGGAUCACAUCUCUGAGUAGCUGUACUGUCUGCUUUCAUGUAUUUUAGUGUUUUCUUGUUUGUUGUGUUCUUCUUGCAUGCUACCUUCUAUUUGAUAAUUGGACUUGCGUGUUGGGCUCCGGCCGGGUUGUGUGUGUUGGUUCGUAAUGGCUCAGAGUGUGUGUGUGUGCGUGCAGAUGUGUGUACUCGGGCUCCCGAGUGGCGCAGCGGUCUAAGGCACUGCAUCUCAGUGCUUGAGGCGUCACUACAGACCCCCUGGUUUGAUUCCAGGCUGUAUCACAACCGGCAGUGAUUGGGAGUCCCAUAGGGCGGCGCACAAUUGGCACAGCGUCGUCCGGGUUUGGCCGGUGUAGGCCGUCAUUGUAAAUAAGAAUUUGUUCUUAACUGACUUGCCUAGUUAAAUAAAGGUAAAAUAAAAAAAUAAAAAUAGGUAAUUGUUCAAUUUGUGUGACUGAGUGCCAGUGUGUGUUUCUCUUUCAGGAGGUGCAGGCGUGCACGGUGGAGAUGGGCAUCACCACUGACAGCUCCAACCACCCAGACAACAAGAACAAGAACCGAUAUAUCAACAUCAUGGCCUGUACGUCACUCACUCACACACACACAGACACACACACAUACACACUAUGCAUUAACCCUCUUUGUUGUUCUAGAUGACCACAGCAGAGUCAAACUGCUGGAAGAGGCAAAAGGUGGAGACUACAUCAAUGCUAACUUUGUUGAUGUAAGUAGCUCCUCUCCUAAUCAUUAAUAUCCAUAUCAGAUACUGAACAUGUAAAGGGGAUUAGUAUAGAAAUACAGACUGAUUGGUCUGUUUGUGUUCCUGUCAGGGUUUUGAGCGUACGAGAGCCUACAUUGCGGCCCAGGGGCCCCUGAAGUCUGGGACAGAGGACUUCUGGAGGAUGGUGUGGCAGGAGAAUGUUGGAGUCAUCGUCAUGAUCACCAACCUGUUGGAGAAGGGACGGGUCAGUUAGUCACUCAGAUAGACUGCAGGCUGGGGCACUGUGUUAAUGUGUGUAUUGUUACACAGUUUAAACAUAAAACAUUGGUUCAAGAGGAAAGAAAAAUGGAACAUAACUAUGUUUGUGAGGUAAACCUGGGAAAGGUUUUUAUAUGACUUUUAUAUAUGCUGUUUUUGACCAUUGUGUGACUGAGGCUCUCUCCCUCUGUGAUGUCAGAGGAAGUGUGACCAGUACUGGCCAAUGGAGAACCAGGAGGAGUAUGGUUAUUUCCUGGUGACCCUAAAGGACACCAAGACCCUGGCCUACUAUACCCUGAGGACCUUUACCCUCAGAGACACCUCACAAAAGGUCUGGACACACACACACACCCACACACCUUGAAGAAGAUGCACUGCAGUGCACAGAGCUUCUAGUCUUUUUGACCCUGCCUACUGUGUGUUGUACCUGCAGGCUUCCAAGAGGGGGUGCUGUGCUGAGAGGACGGUGGUCCAGUACCACUACACCCAGUGGCCUGACAUGGGCGUGCCUGAAUACACCCUGCCUGUCCUCUCCUUCGUACGCGCCUCGUCCCAGGCCAGGACUCAGGACAUGGGCCCCGUCCUCGUACACUGCAGGUGGGCUGGGUGUGUGUGGGAAGGGGGGGGGGGGGGUUAACAACCAGGGGGAAAGGCGAAAAUAUUGCGUAAGAAAGGUUUGAUUAACAGUAUGCACAUCCAAUGGCUUUGUGCAGGUGGUGAAUAUCCAAGUAUUCAUUUCUGAAAAGGGAAGCAUUGUGUUGUGUGGGACUCUCUCACAAGUAUGUUCUGUGUGUGUAGUGCUGGUGUGGGGAGGACAGGGACCUACAUCGUGCUGGACAGUAUGCUGCAACAGAUCCAGGAGCAGGGAACAGUCAACAUACUGGGCUUCCUCAAACACGUCAGAACACAGAGGAACUACCUGGUACAGACGGAGGUAAUACACACACUUGCAGGAGCAAUUAGGGCAGCGUUUCCCAAACUCGGUCCUGGGGUACCCAAGGGGUGCACAUUUUGGUUUUUCCCCUAGCACUGCACAGCUGAUUCAAAUAACCAACUCAUCAUCAAGCUUUGAUUAUUUGAAUCAGCUGUGUAUGCUAGAGCAGAAACCAAAAUGUGUACCCGUUGGGGUACCCAGGACCAAGUUUGGGAAAUGCUGAAUUAGGGUUAAGUACCUUGCUCAAGGGCACACCGGCAGAUUUUUCACCUAGUUAGCUUGGGGAUUCGAACCAGCAACCUUUCGGUUACUGGCCCAACGCUCUUAACCGCUAGGCUACCUGACGCCUUUAUGCCCUGCUUUGAUAUAUACAGAUCUGAAAAUAUUGGAAAGGUGAAAGCAACAAGGCUCUGUCCAAUAGGCAAACUUUGAAAAUAUAGGAGCUAGGGGGAAGGGGCUAGAGAUUGAAAUGCAACCGGCCCCAGCCCUGCUGUAUGUGAUGUGAGUGAGAAGUCUCUCUCUGUGUUAUGUCGCUCUGGUCCUCAGGAGCAGUAUGUGUUUAUCCAUGAUGCCCUGGUGGAGGCCAUCGUCAGCAGGGACACUUUGGUGACCUCUGACCUGGUCCACUCCUACGUCUCUGACCUGCUGACCACUGGGCCCUCCGGCAGGACACGCAUGGAGAGACAGUUCAAGGUCAGAACACACACAGAGAUGGGGGUUUGUCCCAAGUGGAACCCUAUACCCUACUGCGCUACUUUCAGGGCCCUGACUUGGGACCUGCUCAAACACUUUGAGAAUACAUUGUCUCUACCUUCCUCCUUUCCUUGAAGUAAUGACUGAUCUGGCAUGACUUGAUUGGUGAAAGCCAUGGAGCGGGAAUGAUGGUAAUGUGUUGGUAUUGUGGUUAAUCUGAUAGCGUUAUGGUAACAUUUACUACUGUGGUGUUAUAGCUGGUGAGUCAGCGUAGAGCCAGACAGGCUGACUACGCCGCUGCCCUGAGAGAAGGAAACGCUGACAAAAACAGGACCUCCUCUCUCAUGCCUGGUGAGUUGAAGUAGCCAAACACACACAACAGGAUAUAGUUGGUAAGAGACAGAUAUUCAGUCAAUACUAGGAAUAGGUUCUCCUCCAUCUAUGUCUAAUUGUGCAAGUUCUCCCACUUAAAAAGAUGAGAGAGGCCUGUAAUUUUCAUCAUAGGUACACGUCAACUAUGACAGACAAAUUGAGAGAAAAGAAUCCAGAAAAUCACAUUGUAUGAUUUUUAAUGAAUUUAUUUGCAAAUUAUGGUGGAAAAUAAAUAUUUGGUCACCUACAAACAAGCAAGAUUUCUGGCUCUCACAGACCUGUAACUUCUUCUUUAAGAGGCUCCUCUGUCCUCCACUCGUUACCUGUAUUAAUGGCACCUGUUUGAACUUGUUAUCAGUAUAAAAGACACCUGUCCACAACCUCAAACAGUCACACUCCAAACUUCACUAUGGCCAAGACCAAAGAGCUGUCAAAGGACACCAGAAACAAAAUUGUAGACCUGCACCAGGCUGGGAAGACUGAAUCUGCAAUAGGUAAGCAGCUUGGUUUGAAGAAAUCAACUGUGGGAGCAAUUAUUAGGAAAUGGAAGACAUACAAGACCACUGAUAAUCUCCCUCGAUCUGGGGCUCCAUGCAAGAUCUCACCCCGUGGGGUCAAAAUGAUCACAAGAACGGUGAGCAAAAAUCCCAGAACCACACGGGGGGACCUAGUGAAUGACCUGCAGAGAGCUGGGACCAAAGUAACAAAGCCUACCAUCAGUAACACACUACGCCGCCAGGGACUCAAAUCCUGCAGUGCCAGACGUGUCCCCCUGCUUAAGCCAGUACAUGUCCAGGCCCGUCGGAAGUUUGCUAGAGUGCAUUUGGAUGAUCCAGAAGAGGAUUGGGAGAAUGUCAGAUGAAACCAAAAUAGAACUUUUUGGUAAAAACUCAACUUGUCGUGUUUGGAGGACAAAGAAUGCUGAGUUGCAUCCAAAGAACACCAUACCUACUGUGAAGCAUGGGGGUGGAAACAUCAUGCUUUGGGGCUGUUUUUCUGCAAUGGGACCAGGACGACUGAUCCGUGUAAAGGAAAGAAUGAAUGGGGCCAUGUAUCGUGAGAUUUUGAGUGAAAACCUCCUUCCAUCAGCAAGGGCAUUGAAGAUGAAACGUGGCUGGGUCUUUCAGCAUGACAAUGAUCCCAAACACACCGCCCGGGCAACGAAGGAGUGGCUUCGUAAGAAGCAUUUCAAGGUCCUGGAGUGGCCUAGCCAGUCUCCAGAUCUCAACCCCAUAGAAAAUCUUUGGAGGGAGUUGAAAGUCCAUGUUGCCCAGCGACAGCCCCAAAACAUCACUGCUCUAGAGGAGAUCUGCAUGGAGGAAUGGGCCAAAAUACCAGCAACAGUGUGUGAAAACCUUGUGAAGACUUACAGAAAACGUUUGACCUGUGUCAUUGCCAACAAAGGGUAUAUAACAAAGUAUUGAGAAACUUUUGUUAUUGACCAAAUACUUAUUUUCCACCAUAAUUUGCAAAUAAAUUCAUUAAAAAUCCUACAAUGUGAUGUUCUGGAUUUUUUUUUCUCAUUUUGUCUGUCAUAGUUGACGUGUACCUAUGAUGAAAAUUACAGGCCUCUCUCAUCUUCCAGCAGAGAAGAGAAAUGGGCAAAAUAACAUUUUGAUUCAGAGCAAUACAAAAAUGGAAUAGUUUAUCUGAGCAAACCAGAAAUCUUUCAAUAAAUAAAUAAAAUACUUUAGGACCACUUGAAAAUAAUAGAUUGUGUGUUUCUGUGUGUGUUACAGUGGAGAGAUCCAGAGUGUGUCUGUCCUGUCCAGUGGAAGGAGAAUCUUCAGACUACAUCAACGCUUCCUAUAUCAUGGUAAGAGUAAGGUUGACCAUUUGAUAAGGCCCCUUAUAAACGCUUUAUAGAGCAUUCACAGGGUCUUCAUAAACACUACAUACACUGAGUGUACAAAACAUUAGGAACUUCUCUUUCCAUGACAUAGACUGACCAGGUGAAUCCAGGUGAAAGCUAUGAUCCCUUACUGAUGUCACUUGUUAAAACCACUUCAAUCAGUGUAGAUGAAGGGGAGGAGAUCAGGUUAACGAAGGAUUUUUAAGCCUUGAGACAAUUGACACAUGGAUUGUGUAUGUAUGCCAUUCAGAGUGUGAAUGGGCAAGACAGAAGAUUUAAGUGCCUUUGAAUGGGGUAUGGUAGUAGGUUCCAGGCGCAACGGUUUGAGUGUGUCAAGAACUGCAACGCUGCUGGGUUUUUCACGCUCAACAGUUUCCCGUGUGUAUCAAGAAUGGUCCACCAACCAAGGUACUGUACAUUCAGCCAACUUGACACAACUGUCCCUUUGGAACGCUUUGACACCUUGUAAAGUCCAUGCCCCGUCGAAUUGAGGCUGUUCUGAGGGGAUGCAACUCAAUAGUAGGAAGGUGUUCCUAAUGUUUUGUACACUCAAUGUAGAUGCUUCACAAACCAUGUAGAAGCGAAGUCAUAUGUGUGUUCCAGAUUCAUGUUGUUUAUUUUGACUGUGUCUGUGCUGUGUUCCAGGGUUACCAACAAGAGCAGGGAGUUUAUCCUGACCCAGUCUCCUCUCCCCUCCACUGUCUCUGAUUUCUGGAGAAUGGUCUGGGACCACAACUCACAGCUCAUCAUCUCCCUGCCUGACACACACACAGCACAGGUAGGUAGGUAGCACUACACACACACACACAAACACACACACACACACACACACACACUGGUCAACAGUAUCACACCUAUAACGCUGUUUCCAUUGUGUCCUAUCAGUGCGAGGGGGAGGAGUCUUGUGUAUACUGGCCCAGUAAGGAUCAGCCAAUCAGCUGUGAGGGUUUCAUAGUGUCGUUCUCUGGAGAGGACCACAUCUGUCUGGCCAACGAGGAGAAACUGGUGGUCCACGACUUCUUACUGGAGGCCACACAGGUGAGGACACACACAAACACACAGAGAUCCAACCACACACACGUGCACGCUCGCACACUCAUACACACAGAUCCAACCACACACACACACACAGCCCAGCUAGCACAUAACAUUCUGAAAACCAUAUGUUUCUUAGAUCUUGGUGAGAGCAUGGUUGUCCUAUGAUUAUUUUGCAUACAACCUUCCCACAACUUUCUGGGAAUGGUGCAGGAUAGUUGCUUGCCUUUGGAACAUUCUUGGCACAUUUAAGGAACUUCAAAAAAAAAAACGUUAUUUUCUUGGUAUUUCAUUACUUUAACAGAACAUUUCCUAAAAGUUCAAACAUGGUUACAUUUCAUUUCAAUUUUGGUAAUGCUCUAUUAACGUUCUCCAACUAGAUUGACAUUGGGAAUGAGAACUUAAACAUUCCAUUCUCAGCAUCUACAAAACUCUCUCUAUCCUUUAUCUUGUUAAGUGUGUUGAGGUGUGUUGGCCACGCCCACUAAUUGGCCACACCUGAUCUUAAUGAGUGCUUGUUUCCUUUGAAAUGGUGUCUGCUUUAAUAGACUAAAAUGAACAAUAUGGAAUGCUAGCUUCAUCCUGGUGGCACAGUGGACUAAUUCCAUGGAUUGAGAACAGAAGAUUACAGGUUUAAAUCUCACUGAUGCUGUGUCACAAUAAAACAUAAAUGUGUUUGUGUGAUUAAAACCUUUUACUGCAGUGAACUAAAUCAGGUUUAUACAGAGUGUUUCUUGGUAGUCUUAAACAAAUCUACUUUGAAACAAAAGUAUACACCUCACACAUGUGGUUAUGGGCUUAAAAAAAGAAGACACCUGUAGAAUGUCAGUCACAUUUUGAGUUUGCAUCCCAAUAUUCCACUUUAUAUACAUCACAGAAGACUGAAAUAUAACAAAACAGUUUGACAUAGAAACACCGGAUUUUCAGCAUUUAAAAAAUAAUAAUAUUUAUUAAUUAUGAAAUCAUGAAAAAUAUUAAUAACAUUCCACCCAUGAGCCCACUAGAGGGCAAUUUGGUCAUUUGACUGCAGGUAAGGGCUACUGCCUAAGGAAAUUAAUUUCCAUGUGUUCCAUCUGUGCUUGGAGUUAAACUAGCAGUGUUAUUAAGUCUUAUUGAAACAUUCAGUUAACAUUGUUAAGGUAGUUAUUAAAAAACCUCCAAAUAACCUAUAUUUUCUGUUCUCAGAGCGUUAAUAAAACCUCCCAGUGAAAUGUUCAAGGAACCAGAGUAAAAUGUUCUCAGAACCUCCCUGGCUGCGAACUAAAAAUAAACGUUCCCAUAACAGGCUACAUUUUCACUUCUGUUCUCAGAAUGUUUAAAAAACGUUCAAUUUUACCGGUCAGGAAGCGUAUGGCUUCAUUCCCACAACCAAUGUGAAACCAAAAACAUACGUUCCCACAACUUCCAAGGAACCAAAUGUGCUAGCUGGGAGAGAUCAAACCACACACAGAUCAAACCAGACACACACACACACACAAAUGAGGACCACACACAAAUGAGGACCACACACAAAUGAGAACUACACCUACAUACACCCACACUCCUCUCUCCCUCUUCCCCCAGGAUAACUAUGUCCUGGAGGUGCGUCAGUACAUGUCCCCCAGCUGGCCCAACCCAGACAACCCCGUCAGCAGCACCUUCCAGUUGCUCAACAUUAUCACAGAGGACAGCAGACGAAGAGAAGGAACCAUAGUCGUACAUGACCGGUGAGUUACUCUUCCCCUCUGUUAAUUGGGUCUUCUCUGUUCCCUCUGUGUUCUCUGUGGCUGGGAGGGCACCUGAGGGCUGUUAGGGUGCGAGGAAUCUUAAUUGAAGACUGUGUUAACUCACUUAGGGAGCUGGUUUCACUGAUUCACCACAUAAAGUGCUUUUUGGUCCAGAAGUAGUUGGCUUAAUCUGUGUUUGUGAGAAAGACUUGGUUGUUUUCCCCUGUCUGUGUCUGUGCUAGCCUGGGUGGCUCGAUGGCGGGGCUGUUCUGUGCCCUCACCACCCUGGCACAGCAGCUGGAGCAGCAGGGCUCUGUGGACGUGUACCAGGUGGCACGCAUGACCAACCUCAUGAGGCCUGGUGUCUUCAACGACAUGGUAUGUCCUGGAACAGCACACACACACACAUCGUACACACAACACACACAACAGUUACACACACAACACAGCAACUCGGGGAACAUAGCACAGCUCAUACAUAGACACACACAUACUCACACCAGGCUGUACUCAUAGACUAGACCUAACAUAGUAAACGUAAAUCCGGGACAUUCAAAUGAGUAUGAUAUGUUACGUUUGGUAUGGUUACAUAAGACAGAAGAUUACUUAAGGCAAAAACGAAAGGACAGGAGUUGGUCAGGGUGGAUGGGUGGUUGUAUAAUGCGAACGUCUAGCAACCCAGGUUGCGUUUUCAAAUCUCAUCACGGACAACUUUAGCAACUUUGCAACUACUUUCUACUUUUUAGCUACUUUGCAACUACUUAGCAUGUUAGUUAACCCUUCCCCAAACCCUAACCUUAACCCUUUAACCUAACUCCUAACCCUAAUCUUAACCCUAACCUUAACCUUAACCUUAACCCCUAGCCUAGCUAACAUUAGCCACCUAGCUAACGUUAAGCAUUAGCCACCUAGCUAACGUUAGCCACAACUAAUUGUAAUUCGUAACAUAUCAUGCACAUUGCAAAUUCGUAACAUAUUGUACGAAUUGCAAUUCAUAACAUAUCAUACGAAUUGUAAUUCGCUAAUGCUAAUAUUAGCCACAACAAAUUGUAACAUAUCAUAUGUAUUGCAAAUUCAUAACAUAUUGUCCAAAUUAUAAUUCGUAACAUAUCACACGAAUUGUAAUUUGCAACAUAUCAUAAGAAAUGGUUUAUGGACAUCCACAAAUGAAUACAUACCAUACCAAACGGAACUUAUCAUAUUAAUUUGAGCAUCACGGAUUUACAUUUACUAUGUUACGCCUACCCCUGAGUCCAGGUUGCACACACACACACACACAAACAAGCACACCUUACAAAAACAGCUCACAUAGCUCACUAUGUUAGCUCUCACACACACCUGCACACCAUACACAGUUUGCUCACUCGCACACUGCUCACAAAUCGCUCUCACACACACCUGGCCAGAGUGCGAAUUAUACCAUGACAUUCGUGGGGUCUCUAUUGAGUGCACGAGCUUGUGUGGGCCUAAUAAUAAAGACGUCAUUUAAAUGGUACAAAUGACUUACCUUUUAAUGUGGCAUGAACACAACCAGUCAUGAUAUUUUCAUAUGAUUGUCAAACAAAUCACUUCAAAAGUAGGUUACCUGUGCAUGUUUGUCCACUCAAAAAUUAUUCCUGCAUCCAAACUGCAUGUAUACUCUCGUCGUUUGACAUUCAGCGAUUGCCAUUGAUUAGGUCUACAUUAAUUGAUGCGUCUUGCUGACAAAUUGACCUUUUUUGUAGCCUAAAAAGUCAGCUUCCUAUACUUUCAAUGCAUUUUUCUGAAAAAGGUGGGUAAACUUGUGUUUACGCUCCACUAGGCCUACACAACUGCUGUAGCCUACCCUCUCAGCCAAGGCAGUUUUACACACAUGAACAUACGCAGAACAGGUAGCUUACAAUCAAUAUAAUAGUUGAGUGAAAACAUGUUUUACCCCCUAGUUCACAAUUGUCCAUAACUCAUGAGUGAAUGCUUGGAGUCUUCACAGAUCGUGUGAAAUAAAACAAACACUACCUUUCUAUCCUUACAUUAAUAACAUUUAUGGCUGUGUUAUUUGUCAUUAUUAAGCAUUUAACAAUUGAAUUAGAACAUCGAACUUAAACCCUGUACAAAUCAUGGAUCUUGGAGAUCUCUGAAAAAAUGUGUAACUAUGCCUACGUAACACGCACCUGAAAAACAAAGCAAUGAGCGCUCUAAACAGCUGACUGACAAAAGCAAACAAUGAUAAACCAAUGGAUAAAUCUAAUGCAUUGGAAUAAAGGCUAUUUUUGAUCAAGGACACAUGGAAAAUAAAUGGCAAAAAUACUUAGUACAAAGGAAAAUUGAUGCGUAAAAGAGCUCAGCUCAGGCCGAAAUUCAGCACUACUAAGUGGAUAGCUCAGCCACAUAGAAAGAAAUGGUUUAAAACCAUGACAGAGCGGUGGGGGUGUUAGUUUCAUUUGGAAACUUUUAUUUUAAUAUUUACCACUGAAUUUUAAACAAAUAGAAGAAUGGAUAAAUGUGCAUUAUUUAGAGACUUUUGCUGCAUUUAGGGGAGCUAACGUCUCAUUCAGGGGAGCUGAGCCCCCCCCGGCUCUCCCGUAAUUCGCACCCUGCACCUGGCCCAUCCUGUACUGACUCUUGUCUUUCACUGCUCCACUCCUAGGAGCAGUACCAGUUCAUGUACAGGGCCGUGUUGAGUCUGGUGGACAGCCAGGAAGACCAGAGGGCCCUACAGUCCCCUGAGACCAACGGUUCUAUCCCCCUGGGGGCCACCACUGCAGCAGAGAGCCUAGAGUCCCUA